AUGAACGAAGGUGCUUUGGGAGACCUGAAGAGGCUCUUUGAAGCCCAGGCUGAGCAUGUGCACCAGACCCUGGCCUUGCACUUGUACACGUCUGUGUUGUCUCGCCUGCAGGUGGAGUCUUACAUCUACAGGCUUCUCAGCAGCUCUUCCUCGCUGAGGUCUGUGGGCAUUCAACAGCAGCAGCCGCCAGGUGCGUGUAUCCCGAGUUAUAUUCCCAUUAACUUCCCUUGGGCAGGAAGCAUCAGGGACGCCGUGUGCAGAAAGCGGCAGAAUUCCGCUCCCGUUCUGCAACCUGCAUAAAUUACGCAAGCGAAGCGCAUAUGCUCAUUUGACGUACUUGAUUCCGGGGAGGUUCAGACUACCUUCUUGUACGUUCUGGCAAUGCACGAUGGGUUUUUGCUCUCCCUGCCCUCCCACUAUCCACACAGUGUGUGAGAGAAGGGGCUGCACCAUACAUAUUGGGGUGUUGACGUGGAACCCCUUUGUGAAAACGGAGGGGGGUCCUGUUUGGCAGCUUCUCAUGCUCUGGGCACAUGGGCAGUGGUGUGUGGAUGCUGAGAGCAUCUCUGUGUUCGUGUGCACGACCCUGCAAUUGCGUGCUCUCUCCAGCCAAGGAGGGGGACUGCAGUCGUACCUUGGUUCUCGAACGUAAUCCAUUCCGGAAGGUGUGACUGUAUUUAUGUCAUUAAAUUGCAUCUGCCCCCAAAUAAUAAUAAUAAUAAUAAUAAUAAUAAUAAUAUCUUUAUUGUCAUUGCCCCCUUCGGGGACAACGAAAUUACUUGACUGCUCCAUAAAAACACUAAUUAAACAAUACAGUAUAAUACAGCAAGGGAGAUUAGAUGACUUUCAAAGUCCGGGCUUCCCAUUCAGGGCCGAGAUCGCUCUGGAGAAGAAGCUGUUCUUAAGAUGGCUCGUUCUUGUCUUCAUCGUCCUGUAUCUCCGUCCCGACGGCAAGAGCUCGAAGAGACAGUGACCAGGAUGCGAUGGAUCUUUUACUAUGUCCAGUGCCUUCCUAUGGCACCUUGUGGCAUAAAUCUGCUCUAAGGUGGAGAGUGGGCAGCCAACAAUGCUCUCUGCUGCCUUAACAACCCUGCACAACCCCAUCCUGUCCUGGGUAGUACAGCUUCCGUACCACACACAUAAGCCAUAAGUGAGCACGCUCUCAAUGGCACAGUGAUAGAAGGCAAGCAGCAGUUUCUGCGGAAGAUGGUUUUUCCUUAGUAUUCUCAAAAAGUACAGUCUCUGCUGCGCCUUCUUCACAAGCCCCCUUGUGUUGACACUCCAGGACAGAUCCUCAGGACAAAUACCCCAGGACAAAUACCCCAGUGGGGUGAUAGUUAUCCCAUUCCCACCCCUUUACAACCACCAGAGUCAGACCAGGAGACCAGGGUUCACAUUCCCACCUGGCCAUGAAGCUCACUGGGUGACCUUGUAACAAUUUAAACAAUUUAAUUAUUUGUACCCCACCCAUCUGGCUGGGCUGCCCCAGCCACGCUGGGUAGCUAUUCCCCUCUCAAGCCUUACCCUAACUGACCUCAUAGGGUUCUGGUGGGGAUUAAACGUGGAGGGGGAAAACCAUGUGGACCACCUUGAACUUUGUGGAGAAAAUCUGGAAUAUAAAUGAAAUCAGGCCAUCAAUAAGAGGCAGCAAUUUGGUGCAGGCCUCCUCAUGGCUAGGCAAGGUUUCGAACCCAGUGCAGGCUUCCUAGCAGAGGCCCAGUACAGUGGUACCUCGGGUUAAGAACUUAAUUCGUUCUGGAGGUCCGUUCUUAACCUGAAACUGUUCUUAACCUGAGGUACCACUUUAGCCAAUGGGGCUUCCUGCUGCCACACAAUUUCUGUUCUCAUCCUGAAGCAAAAUUCUUAACCUGAGGUACUAUUUCUGGGUUAGCGGAGUCUGUAACCUGAAGUGUCUGUAAUUUGAAGCAUCUGUAACCCGAGGUACCAGUGUACUCUGCUUUAUUUCACUCCAGCUGUGAGGUCACUUAAUCCUUUUUCUUCUCUCCUCCUUUGCAGUUCUUAAACAGGCUGAAAAUGUUUCCUUGGACGUGGGUCCCUUGAAGGAAUGCAUCAGCGUCCUCUUCAGUUUCACACGCAGGGUCGUUGAGGAUCCUCAGUUUGAGAGCGACGUGCUCUCCUGGCUGCAGAGGCUGGUGAGAAACAGAGGGAGUCAGAUCUACCCUAAAUCUGGUGCUAGGGCAAUCCUUUUAUAUCUAUAAGGUAAAGGUAAAGGGACCCCUGACCAUUAGGUCCAUUAGGUCUCUGGGGUUGCAGCGCUCAUCUCGCUUUAUUGGCCGAAGGAGCCGGUGUACAGCUUUCGGGUCAUGUGUCCAGCAUGACUAAGCUGCUUCUGGCGAACCAGAGCAGCACACAGAAACGCCGUUUACCUUCCCGCUGGAGUGGUACCUAUUUAUCUACUUGCACUUUGAUGUGCUUUCAAACUGCUAGGUUGGCAGGAGCAGGGACCUAGCUACGGAAGCUCACCUUGUCAUGGGGAUUCGAAACGCUGACCUUCUGAUCGGCAAGCCCUAGGUUCUGUGGUUUAACCCACAGCGCCACCUGCGUCCUAUUUCCCAACUGACCUAGCAAAAGGAAGUCAAGAAUAGCAAUGCAAGGAGAAGAGGGUCUGGAACGGGGAGCUUUGAAGAGGGACCGUGCCUUUCAGUAUGCUUCUAUUUUAAGAGAUCCGUCGUAACUGUGGCUUUGCAGUCCUUCCCUCCCUUAACUGCCUUUCAAAUUGUCUCCUGUCUCUCCAGGUGUCCGUCUUGCAAAAGGUUGGUUGUCCAGGGGACCACAUUUUCCUUUUAAACCACAUCCUCCGCUGCCCGGCCGGCGUUAGCAAGUGGGCUGUUCCUUUCAUUCAGGUGCGGAGGUUUAAGCUUUGCUUCUUACGGGGAUGUGCUGGGGACCCAGAUCUCGCCGUCUCUUGGGCAGUUGCGCUUUAGGAGGCAGGUGUGGGGGGUCUUGCCCAUGGGUCGGCAAACUAAGGCCCGUGGGCUGGAUCCGGCCCAAUCGCCUUCAUAAUCCGGCCCACGGACGGUCCAGGAAUCAGCGUGUUUUUACAUGUCUGACCCUUAUGUUUCCCUCCCCUUAUGGUCUUGAUUUAUCGGCUACUUUAAAAUGAGGCUGCAUUUUAAAUUGCAUUUUAACCUGUAUUUUAAAUUGUUUUUUUCCUCCCUGUCUUUCCCCCCCAUUAUGUUUUUACUGUGAUUUUAUUGGUGUUAGCUGCCCUGAGCCCGGCUCUGGCCAGGGAGGGCGGGGUAUAAAUAAAUUUAUUAUUAUUAUUAUUAUUAUUAGUAGUAGUAGUAGUAGUAGUAGUAGUAGUAGAAUGUUUCCUUUUAUUUAAAAUACAUCUCUGGGUUAUUUGUGGGGCAUAGGAAUUCGUUCAUUUCCCCCCUUCAAAAUAUAGUCCGGCCCCCCACAAGGUCUGAGGGACAGUGGAGCGGGUCUCCUACUGAAAACGUUUGCUGACCCCUGGUCUUGCCCCACAAGAAUGCCCCAAACUGAGGUGCUCAAACUGCAAAUGAGUUACAGUUUUUCAGAUUAGUGAAACCUUUUAAAGGGUGGGGGGGCAGGAGGACAAAUGUAGUCGUUCUAGGGCCACACCAUUAGAGAUUGUCGGGGAGUGAUCCUCGGAUGAAGAACAGUAUAGAAAUCUAAUGAUAACGCAGCAUGUUUGAAAUUUGAAUGUGCAAAAGCUAGCCUUUUUUUUUUUUUUUUUUUUAAGGGAAAAGCAGUUUAGCCUUCCCUUGCCCCUUGACAUGCUUGUUUUCACAGGCAAGUGCGUUUUAUCUUAGGGAGCAUUAAAAGUAUAAUUCUCUCUACCUGAGGUCUGAAAUGGCGCAGUCUGGGACGGGCUGCACCAACAUCUUUUCCUGCAUAUUCUAAUCUGCUCUCAGAGCUUGUUUUGUGUUUAUCUGCCUUUGAGCAUCUCACCUCAACUCUUGUGAAAACCGUUUUUCCCCACCUGUAUCUCCAUAAAUUGGACGUAUCGGGUGCAUUUUGAUCUUGAUUACCCAGACACCCGGGUUUGAGUAGCACCUAUUUUUUAUUUUUUUUAACUCCCUCAUUCAAUUUCUUGUUUGCUUUCAGAUUCGGGUUCUGGAUAACCCCUCGGGGCUCUUUCACUUUAUGCAGUCCCUUGCUUUGCUUAUGUCACCUGCCAAGUAAGUAUACAAAAGAGCCACUCUUCCUCUCCGUGGUGCUAGGGGUGUUAUUCUGCUUAGCCCUGUCCAGGGAAGAUGUGCUUCAAAACCAAGCAAAAAAAGUUAUUUUCCCCCUGUGCAAGUAACCUCAUAGCUACCCACAAAAUGUCAAACUGGAUAUAUACAGGACUAGUGAUGUGAGGUGAGAAUAUUCUCUGGAGAAUAUUCUCCACACACUGUAAAUUCUGUGUCGUCUACACAGCUGCUUUAAAUUUCUUCUUUCCAUCCUUGGGCUAGUAACAUCCAUGCAGCUGUUGUCACAUACAUAAAAUGUAUUUUCUGGCCUUUUGGAAACUGUUAAGGGUUUUGUAUACUAAUACAGCGGUAUACCUCGGGUUACAAACACUUCGGGUUACAAACGCUUAAGGUUACAGACUUUGCUAGCCCAGAAAUAGUACCUCGGGUUAAGAACUUUACCUCAGGAUGAGAACAGAAAUUGCAUGGUGGUGGUGCGGCAGCAGCAGCAGCGAGAGGCCCCAUUAGCUAAAGUGAUACCUCAGGUUAAGAACAGUUUCAGGUUAAGAACGGACCUCCGGAAUGAAUUAAGUUCCUAACCAGAGGUACCACUGUAAUAAUAAUAAUUUUUAUUUAUUUAUAUCCUGUCCUCCCCAGCCAAAGCCAAGCUCAGAGUGGCUAACAACAGUAAAAAUAGCACAGUUUAUGUAAAAUCACAAUCAGUUAAUUGAAAUACAUUCUAGUACAGUGGUACCUCGGGUUACAGACGCUUCAGGUGACAGACUCCGCUAACCCAGAAAUAGUGCUUCAGGUUGAGAACAGAAAUCAUGCUCUGGCGGUGCGGCAGCAGCAGGAGGCCCCAUUAGCGAAAGUGGUGCUUCAGGUUAAGAACAGUUUCAGUUUAAGAACGGACCUCCGGAACGAAUUAAGUACUUAACCCGAGGUACCACUGUAGUAACUAGUAGUACUACAUUCUAGUAGUAACUCUUGAACCUGGUCCAGUAGCAAAUCAGCAGCCAGUACAGAUUUCUGAGCACAGGUUCUAUAUGCUGGCAAGACCUCACUCCUGCCAGCCAUUGCGCUGCAGAAUUCUGCCCUAACUGCUGCUUCUGGAUCAAGCGCAAGGGAAGCCCAUCCCUGUGACUCAGCUGCAAGGGGGGGGGGCACAGAGGCAAUUGAGAGCUGCUGGCUUUGUUCUCCCCUUGCCCUUGCCCCCCCUUAGAGCGCUAGCCAGCAAGGAUGGAGCCUUCCCCCCCCCCUUUUGGUCUCUGUGACCCAAUUUUCACGGCCUGCUGCAUUUUGCGAUUCGCAGAAAUCGAGCGGAGUUCAUGUGCCACAUGAAACCGAGCGAACGGAAGGCGUCUUCCUCAUCCGGGCAGGAAUCUGGGAACUGGACUCUGGUGGAUGAAGGAGGAGAAGAGGUACCUUUUAAGAGGGAUGCCACUAACAGGGAGGAUAAGAGGAGAUAUGGUACAAAAAGUGAAUAAAGAAUGAGCUAUCCUUAAGGAAUUAAGGGACAUGGGUGGCGCUGUGGGUUAAACCACAGAGCCUAGGACUUGCUGAUCAGAAGGUUGGCGGUUCGAAUACCCGCGACGGGGUGAGCUCCCGUUGCUCGGUCCCUGCUCCUGCCAACCUAGCAGUUCAAAAGCACGUCAAAGUGCAAGAAAAUAAAUAGGUACCGCUCUGGUGGGAAGGUAAACGGCGUUUCCAUGCGCUGCUCUGGUUCGCCAGAAGCAGCUUAGUCAUGCUGGCCACAUGACCCAGAAGCUGUACGCCGGCUCCCUCGGCCCAAUAAAGCGAGAUAAGCGCUGCAACCCCAGAGUUGUCCGCGACUGGACCAAAUGGUCAGGGGUCCCUUUACCUGUCUUUAAGGAAUACAUCAAAAUUUAUGUGGAAAUAGAAGAAUUUCUGACAGAUAUUGAGUGAAUCCAGAAAAUGAUUAGAGUGAAAGGAGAGUAAAGUUAAGACAGAGGAAGAGACUAAAGAAGUAAUGAAAUGCGUUUAAGCUAGUUGGAAAAAUAAAAUAGCGUAACAAGAACGGCUGGAAGUCAAGUCACUUGGUGGGUGUCGGAGUGGGGCAGGUGUGUAGGUAUGUUGAUAUGUACAGUAUAGGUAGGUACUAUAUAGAGUAAUGUAGGUAUGUUUUAUGUUAUCAAAAUAAGGUAGUGUGUUACGUACUUGUAUCGUGUAAUUGUGUAAAUGUAUAUGUAUGUGUUUUAUAUGUUAAUAUAAAUUUUAAAAAAUCAGAGAGAUGGCACUGUGCACUUCCGGGACAGCGGGAAAUGCAGCCUUUUGAUGCGCUGUUGUCUUUUGUCCUAGGACGAAGAUUCUGAGACUAGCUGGCUCCUCCUCCUGGAAGACGACUUGAUCGCGCUUCUGUCCCAGUUCCCCUUUCACGAACUCUUCCAGCACAUCCUCGGGUUUGAUUCUAAAGGUGAGCGAAGUCCCCAAGGGAUGUGCGUCGGGCAGUAUGGAAACGGUGUGGAAUGUCAACUGAAGUAGCUGGUAUAUAUGGAAAGGCCGUGGGUUCAAUCCCCAGCGUCUCCACUUAGGCCUGGGGAGAAAGACGGCUGUAUAAAACCCCGAAGGAGCCGCUGGCAGUCAGUGUAGACUAAGUUAGAGAAAUCAACACUCGAACUCUGUGGAAGGCAGUUUCCUAUGUUCCUACUUAGUAGGUUGGGAACAGGAGUGAGUCUAGUUCAGUAGGACUGGCACCCAUAACUAAGACAGAGGUUAAGAUUAAUUUUUUAAAUAAUAAUUUUAUAAGUGUGUGUCUUCGUUUCUCAAUUUGUUCCCUUUACUCGGUUUUGCAUGUAUCGUGAUAUUUUACACACGGUGACUUGCAGUUAUUUUAACUGAUCGUAGCUUAGUAAUUAUUGCAAUUGUUAAGAGUGAAUUUCAGUUUAGCUAUUAUUUGCUGAUGUUUUGAGAGUUUAUUUUACUGUGUACUAUUAUAUUCCAAUAGAUUAUUGGAUAUUACUUUAUUUGAUGUAGGUCGUUCCGUUUUAAAGUUAUAUUUUAUCAUGACUUUUUGUAUUGGACCAGAUUAUUAUAAGGCGUGCUGUAUAUUUCGCCGCUGUAAACUGCCUUGUGUGUAGUAAUGUAGAAAGGUGGUGUACAAAUUAAAAGUGAAAUGAAAUGGAAAAAUAAGAAAUGCUGGAAUAUAUAUGACAGCACACUUGCCGUAGUCUGAACUAUAUUCCAGUUUCAACAGGACUUAUUAAUAACACGCUAAUUCUCCCCCUCGCCACCUUUUUCAAUCCUGAUCUGUUUUAUCUGUCGCGAAGGCAUCUACGUUCCUGAGAAAACAACGCCUCAAGAGAUGAUGAAGGUCUUUGCGUUUGCAAACUCUUUAGUGGAACUUCUUGCCAUGGGACUGGAAACCUUCAACAGAGCCCGCUACAGGCAGUUUGUGAAACGAAUCGGCCACCUCAUCAGGUAAGGAGCAUCACUUGGUAGCCUCAAGCAGCAACAGAGGCCCCUUCUUGGCCAACGUGGGAUUGUGGAGGUCACUGUUUGUCCAGCUUGCCUCCGCAUCCCAUCCCAGUUUUGUAAUUGCCGCUUUGCUCCAAAGGAAACGCCUGAGCAUCUUGUUCUUCUGCCAGCGUUAGAUUAGCACCCUUUACCUUUUUUAGAAUCAAAACAUCUUAGAAUUGUAGAGUCAGAAGGAGUCUGAGGGCCGUGCAACAGCUUCUUGUGGUUCUUUACAUGUUUCCAAAGGGGCCUUUGGCAUGUGUAGUUCAGCAGCUCUUGCAUCAUCCUCACUAUUUACUGAUCACAGAAUCAGAAAAUUGUGGAGUUGGCCAUUUGCAUUUCAGGGAUCUCAGCUAAAGCAUCCAAGAGGGAUGGGCAUCCAGCCUCUUCUUAAAAACCUCCAAGGAAGGAGAGUCCAUAGUAGUUGGCCACCGUGAGAGCAGGAGGCUGGACUACAAUGCACCGUUGGCCUGAUCUGGCUGCAAGGCUCUUCUUACAUUCUUAAAUGAUUUGUAGACAUUCAGAUUUUCCGCAUUGUCCUGUUCCGCCUCCCCGUUCCCCCUCUCUCGCCUCCUGCUGUUAGGAUGACGCUUUGCUACGUGAGUGACCACUGGGCCCAGUAUGCCAGCCAGGCCAAAGGCUACGGCUAUGAGAUGCACCCUUACUCUGUUGAGAAACUGCAGGUGGAAUUUGACGAGCUCUUCCUGAGGGCUGUCCUCCAAGUCCUGAAAGCGAAAAGGUAGGAAACGAGGGGCUGUGCCGGGGGCGGGGGGGGGGGGGUGACAUUUGUGGCGGUUGGGGAAGUCUAGGUUGCGUCUAGAAGAGAGCUGUGAAGUCAGGUGGGACCCAAUAGAAGGCCAGAACUCAAAUCCUCCAGGUGUGGAGGGAAAUGGCCUUUAUCAGAGCUUGUUAGCGUGCAGUUAAUUUCCAAGGUUAGGGGCAUAUGUGUUUCCUCUGCGGGAGAGAUCCGCCGAAGCCGACAAAGUGAGUGGCUGGACCAUUUGAGAAUCCUCUCUGCCUUGGCAGCAAGGGUAGCUGCCCAUGCACUGUCUCGCCAGAGUGGUGCAUGCUCUGGUUAUCUCCCGCUUGGACUACUGCAAUGUGCUCUAUGUGGGACUACCUUUGAAGGUGACCCGGAAACUGCAAUUAAUCCAGAAUGCGGCAGCUAGACUGGUGACUGGGAGUGGCUGCUGAGACCACAUAACACCUGUCCUGAAAGACCUACAUUGGCUCCCGGUACGUUUCCAGGCACAAUUCGAAGUGUUGGUGUUGACCUUUAAAGCCCUAAAUGGCCUCGGUCCAGUAUAUCUGAAGGAGCGUCUCCACCUCUAUCGUUCUGCCCGGACACUGAGGUCCAACUGAGAGCCUUCUGGAGGUUCCCUCCCUGCGAGAAGUGAGGUUACAGGGAACCAGACAGAGGGUCUUCUCGGUAGUGGCACCCACCCUGUGGAACGUCCCCCCUUCAGAUGUCAAAGAAUAAACAACUAUCUGACUUUUAGAAGGCAUCUGAAGGCAGUCUUGUGAUCAUGGAAUUGUAGAGUUGGAAGGGACCCCCAGGGUCAUCUAGUCCAACCCCCUGCAAUGCAACAUGGGGCUCAAACCCACAACCCUGAGAUUAAGAGUCCCAUGCUCUACCAACUGAGCCAUGCUAGCAUUGUGUAGGGAAGCUUUUAAUAUUUGAUGAAUUAUUGUAUUAUAAUACUUUGCUGGAAGCCGCUCAGAGUGGCUGGGGAAGCCCAGCCAGAUGGGCGGGGUAUAAAUAAUAAAUUAUUAUUAUUCCUGUGCCCGAAACAUUUCUGUUUGGUCUUCCCAUUCCCAACAGGCUAGGGGUCUGGCUCUUUAUGUCCGAGAUGCCCUACGGGACCCUGUCCUGCAACAUGCUCUGGAAGCUUUUCUCCAUCAUGCACUGCGCAGAAAGCGAGAACCUGGAGAAGCCGUGUGCCGUGGUGCAGCUGGCUGACUGCAAACACAGACUCAAUGGUAGCGUCUCAAUCCCCCCGUCUCCCUUUCUUUCUUUGGUCGCUUGCGUGCGUAUUUUCAGCCAGGUAUAUUUGGAUGCUCAUCUGCCUGGGGUGUAAGCGUCACGGCUGGUGUCCCCGGACCAAGCAAGUACAGUGGUACCUCAGGUUACAUACGCUUCAGGUUACAGACUCCGCUAACCCAGAAAUAAUGCUUCAGGUUAAGAAUUUUGCUUCAGGAUGAGAACAGAAAUCGUGCUCUAGCAGCGCGGCGGCAGCAGGAGGUCCCAUUAGCUAAAGUGGUGCUUCAGGUUAAGAACAGUUUCAGGUUAAGUACAGACCUCUGGAACGAAUGAAGUACUUAACCCGAGGUACCACAGUAGUCACGCAGGCAAGCGCUGAUUCCUUCUGAAUGCAUCACUGCGAUGCAGCCCUCUGGCUGUCUUCCUGUGAUGGUGGUGGUGCAACGUUGGGGAAUCUUUUUCGGCCUGAGAGCCACAUUUCCUUCUGUGUAACCUUCUGAAGGCUGGUAGGGAGAUCUGCUUUGGGGAAAAAUGGUUGGGCUUAGGCAGAUGUGCUUCCACUCCCAAUUCUUUGCCGCUAGGAAAAGAUCUGCCUGCCUCCAUCCCAUGUUAGCUGCUGUGUGCCGACUUGGUCAUGUUGGGCAGUCGUUCAGGCCCCUUAUCAAUUUAGAACACAGCAGCGGUAGCCAAUUUGGAAAUAAACAACUACCUGACUUUUAGAAAACAUCUGAAAGCUGUGUUGGGAAGUUUAUUUUAUGUCUAACCAUUUUUUAUGUGCCGUAAGCUGCCCAGAGUGGCUGGGGAAACCCAGCCAGAUGGGCGGGGUAUAAAUAAAAUAAUAAUAGUAAUAAUCUAUUUUAAUAAAUAACCAUUUUACUUUUAAAAGACAACUGAAGGCAGCCCUGUUUAGGGAAGUUUUUAAUGUCUGACGCUGUAUUGUUUUUAAUAUUCGGUUGGAAGCCACCCAGAGUGGCUGGGGAAGCCCAGCCAGAUGGGCGGGGUAUAAAUAAUAAAUUAUUAUUAUUAAUCAUUAUCAUCAUCUUCGUCCUCCAUAUAAUUCUGGACUCAAGCUCCCCUCUGCCCCAGACAGCAGUCUGCAUUUCUCAGGGACAGUGGGUGUUGCGGUCAGACAAUAUCUGGAGCUCACCGCUGUGAUGCAGAGUAGAAUGAAACGCCCAUUAAAGGAGGAUCUCCGAUCUUUGCCCUUGAAAUAAAACCAGCCCCCUCUUUUGCCACCGGCAGACCCAGCCCACCUGGAGAAUUUCGAAAAGUAUCUCCAGUCGAUGAACGGGUCCGAGGAGAUCUGCCUGCUGACGACGUUUGCCCAGAUGGCUCAGGCGAAACGCGAGGAUGCUGACCAGGACUUUGUCAGAGUCAUCGUGUUGGAGAUCUAUGAGGUGAGCCAGGAGCAGUUCGAUAGGUGAGAGGGAGCUGCGGUGUUGGGCAGAAAGCUCCGACCCGGGAGUGGCUUCCGCACUGCAGCUGCGAGGCGGAGCUGCGAAGGAAGCAGCCCCGGGUUCGAAUCUUGCCUCUGCUGCGAACUUGCUAAGAGAUGGCUGUGUGUCGGCCUCCUUUUCCUGGUCCCAGCCAGCCAUUCAUCUACUGGAAGCUGAGCAAGGCUGUUUGCUGAGAAAGGGCGUUUUGACUCCGUGCUAGCAUUCGAGUGACAAAGGAAGUAAAAGGAGGUGGAUAACAAUUAAGGAUUUAUUAUGUUUGGAAAAUUUAUAUAGAAAGGUUUAUUGUUUUGUGUGCAUUCAAUUGUAAGAUAAAACAUAUGCAAAGGGACUUGACAGGAAGUCAGAACUGAAGAAAAGAUUUUGUAAGAUAAAAGGGGGAAAAUAUUUAUUUUCAUUAUUAAUUUUUUCUUUCCCCCCUUUUUUUCUGUCUGUGUUUGUGUGUGUUGUAUGGAAUGGAAUGUUUGGGAGGAAAUAAGACGGUAAAUAACAAAUAAACAAAAUAUUGAUGUAUGUAAUUUUUAUUUCUCAAUUACGUUUUGUGGUAGUAGGGUUGUAAUGUUUUUUGUAACAUAAAAUUAUUCAAUAAAAAUUAUUUUUUAAAAAGAGAGAAAUGGCGUUUUACCAGGGAAAGCCUCAGCGGGCGGCUAAAAAUGAAGUAAAAACCGCUGUAUUUCUCCAGGUGUCGUACGUCAGCCUUUCCACCAGAGAGACUUUCUCAAAGGUCGGCCGGGAGCUCCUGGGCGCCAUCACCGCUGUCCACACCAGCAUGAUCUCUGUUCUUCUGGACCGAGUCAAAGAGACCAUUGAAAAGGUUGGCAUGGUAAGAACCACGCCAUGCUGGGCUGCAGCUGUUGCUGAGCCCAGUUGAUGGAGAACGUCCUUUAGCCAUGUACAACUUACCGUAUUUUUUGCUCUAUAAGACUCACUUUUUCCCUCCUAAAAAGUAAGGGGAAAUGUGUGUGCGUCUUAUGGAGCGAAUGCAGGCUGCACAGCUUUCGCUGAAGCCAGGAGAGCAAGAGGGAUUGCUGCUUUCACUGCGCAGCGAUCCCUCUUGCUGUUCUGGCUUCUGAGAUUCAGAAUAUUUUUUUUCUUGUUUUCCUCCUCCAAAAACUAGGUGCGUCUUGUGGUCUGGUGCGUCUUAUAGAGUGAAAAAUACGGUAAAAUGCUCCUGCUAGAAUUGUACGCCAGCCCUGUUGUUUUGCGUUUAUUCUGGUUCGGAAGGGGAACGGCAAGGACCUUCAGCCUCACCUUCUGAAUGAUGGAAACCUCAUUCAUCCGCGCCCUGAUAUUUCAGCGCCUGCCACCUCCCAAAUGCACACCUUACAGCUCUUAUCUGGGUAAACAGCAGGGACUAGAAGCAUGUUCUGAGUCACAGAACACACACAGGCCUGUUGGAGAAAGGAGCUUGGAGGACCCAAGGGCCAUAGAGCCCUUACUGCUAAAUAAGAGACACCUUAGAAGACCAUGAGCUGAGAGCCAAGGGGCAGAUGGAGCUCAGCAGCUCAGGAAAGUAGCCUAUGUUGGGAGAAUGAAAACUCUCAUCCUAAACCUUCGCUGCCUUGCAGGUUUUCGUUCGGAAAAUGCAAUGAAAUGAAAUACUUUAUUGUCACUUGUACAACUUGUGUACAGUGAGAUUACAUAAUAAUAAUAAUAAUAAUAAUAAUAAUAAUAGGCUAAGGAGUAAAUCCUUCACAAAUCUGGACCUGAGUCCCUGAGACGGUUGGAUGGCACCUUUUGCGCCUCCUUCUGGCAACUCCUGCUGCCAAGCUUUUGCCAGAUGUCUUGCUCUGCUUUCCUUUGGAUCCCAUCAGUGAGGCUGGCGGGGGCGGGGGUCUUGUCGUCUGAGCAGCCCAGGACCUCCAGACACACUGCCCAGUCUUGCGCCUGGGGAGCUCACUUCGGCACUGCUAACACAGCAGUUUGACUUCACCGCUGGAAGUACACUCCCUUGUCUCUUGAGAUAGAUGGACACCAACAGAGGCUUGUAUAAGCGGGUCCAAUAUUUCCAUUCUCUUGCUUUGAGCGUUUUAUUUUUGCAAGAUUACUCACUCCCAACAGCGUUGAAAAAGACUUCACUGGACCUUUGAGAUGGUCUUCUUUAUUAUAAUAUUUUUAUUAGUUUCCAAUUACAUUCCAAUAACAGCCUCAUUAUAACAAUGCCAAUUUAUAAUACAAUUACUAAUACCAAUCGUUCAAAUACCGAACUACGUAAUUUAGGUGGCCUGCCCGUGUGCUAGAAUGGAUGGUUUUAUGCUUUUCUUUACUUCUGCAUUCCAAAAUCUUAUUAAUUUCUAUUACAUUCCGGUCAUCAUAAUAAUCCCUUAUACAACAACUGCAAUACUAAUAAUUUCUAUUUGUGUUGGCACAUGAAAUGCUUUAUAAAACUACAAGUGAGGCACUCAAACUAUAUCCUUAGUCUUCCUGUGUGUGGCAAUUAUUCUGUCCGUGGCGUUUCUUCCUUUUCUUGUAAAAUGUUACGUCUUAUCUUUUCCCGGUUGUUUCUCUACUCCAGCAUCUUCAUCGGCAUAUCUGUCACCUUUUUCUUCUUAGGUUUCUCUUUAUUUAUUUAAAGAGCUGCCCAUGCACCUCUGGAAGCCAUCUUCAUCUGAGGUAGCCCUGAUCCGCGACUGGCUUCUCAAUCACAGCCUCACUGAAGUGGAGAACAAACUCGCCUGCAUUAUCCUGGAAGGGCUGAACUGGGGAGUCGGUGAGCAGGUGCGUGUGGAGAAAGGAGGCUGCAGCUUUUUAAUCAGUGAAUCGAACAAUGCAUUCAAAUUUCCAGUUAUUUUUAAUACCGGUACUUUGGGGUGUGGGGGGGGUGGGAACUGCAGGUGGCAGGCUCCAUUUUUGAAGACACCCACCACCCCACAAACACACACACUUGUGCAGGAGUGAAAAGCUCCUUUAAACGGGCUUUUGCUACGUCGUAAUGAAUGCAUCAGCUGAUUGCAAAGUAAAACACCAGUCUUGAAACACCAGUCUUGAAAGACCUACACUGGCUCCCAGUAUGUUUCCGAGCACAAUUCAAAGUGUUGGUGCUGACCUUUAAAGCCCUAAACGGCCUUGGCCCAGUAUACCUGAAGGAGCAUCUCCACCUCCAUCGUUCUGCCCGGACACUGAGGUCCAGCGACAAGGGCCUUCUGGCGGUUCCCUCGCUGCGAGAAGCCAAGUUACAGGGAACCAGGCAGAGGGCCUUCUCGGUGGUGGCACCCGCCCUGUGGAACCCCCUCCCACCAGAUGUCAAAGAGAAAAAUAACUACCAAACUUUUAGAAGACAUCUAAAGGAAGCUUAGGGAAGAUUUUAAUGUUUAAUAGGUUAUUGUAUUUUAGUGUUUUGUUGGAAGCCGCCCAGAGUGGCUGGGGGGACCCAGCCAGAUGGGCGGGGUAUAAAUAAUAAAUUAUUAUUAUUAUUAUUAUUAUUAUUAUUAUUAUUAAACCUGGUUUCAGUCCAGAGGAAGGUUUGUGCAGAUUUCAUAGAGCCCUUUUCUACAUGAGGGCUGCAUUCUCCUAUGGGCAAUUUUGUGAGGCCACUGAAUGGGUGGGGACAGAGCGGAAACGGGCGGAGCAACGAAUGCAAAUUUUACCUCUCUACAAAAGGCUAGUUUUUAUCCACAUUGCAAAUGAGCAGCCCAAAGGCUUGGGUAAAUGGAAUUUUUUUACCCCUGGCCUCUGAAAACAGACAUCAUAAUAAUAAUUUAUUAUUUAUACCCUGCCCAUCUGGCUGGGCUUCCCCAGCCACUCUGGGCGGCUUCCAACAAAAUAUUAAAACACAGAGGCAUGACUCUGCAAGCCACCACUGUUUAUUUGCCAGCAUGUUCCCCUUCUGGGUAGCUUUGCCUUCUCCCUGCUAGUGCAGGGAGGAAACAGGCCAGGGGCUGUUACUCUUCAAGCAACUCUACUCAGUAGGCCAAGAACAACCCUCAGUUCAUUGGGACAGACCGCAGUCCCUUGUUCAAACAUACCUGCCCCAGGGACCACGGUUUACUGUGAUGUGAUGGGAGGGUUGUACAUUUAAGGCCCGUGUCUUAAACGUCAUUCACCAUCAGGGUGGCCUUCAUCUCGACCCAACGGUCCACGCUGAAGUUGCGCUAAUGGUCUUAGAAGCUUACCAGAAGUACCUCUCUCAGAAACCGUACAGCGGGCUCAUCUCUGAAAGCAUCAAGCAGGUACGUCCUUCUUCCUUGAAUGCUUCUUGUUAGCUUGGCUUUUUUGCACUGAAGUUUUUUUUUAUCAAGUUCCCCAAAAUUCACACAUACAUUUCAAUACAGUGGAACCUCGGGUUGUGAAUGUGAUCCGUGCGGGAGGCACAUUCGCAACCCUCAGCGCCGCGUCUGCGCAUGCGCAAAGUGCUAUUUAGUGCUUCUGUGCAUGUGUGAGCACCGAAACCCAGAAGUAACCCCUUCUGGUGCUUCCGGGUUCAGCGCGGUGUGCAACCUGAAAAUUUCGUAACCUGAAGCUUCUGUAACCCAAGGUACCACUGUACAUAAUAAAAACUUUUCCCCAACUUCUCACCUGCUUUUCCAUGGUGUUUCCAUUUCUCACCCCCGCUGCACCCUCUCUUAAACCUUAAGAAAACUGCCGUAAUCUUUAAUCCCUUCUAUUGCUCACAGUGUCAAAUCCUUCUUGUGUGUUCAUCAUGUAAUAAUACUUCUUUAUACAAUCCUGUUUGCUAUGGGGGAGGCAGCGACGAGCUGGGUUCCCAUAAACUGUUGCUUAAAAACUGCCCUGCACUUCUGUUGGAUGUAAGGUUGGGCAGUUGUUACCUAAGUCCCUCCCAUAAAUGUAGAUGAAGCCUGUGGCCAAUGCAGAUUUUUGCUGGACUACAAUUCCCAUCAUUCCUGACCAUCAGCGGUGCUGGUGUGCUGAUGGGAGUUGGAGUCCAUCAAUCUUCAGGUUAAAGCAACGCUAAGCGACUUUGCACCGCUCCAAGAUGCUGUGUAGACAAACCGGAAGUCCCGUCUCUCUUACGGAACCGCCUCUCCCGAUAUGCCCCAUGGAGGACCUUAAGGUCCAUAAAUAGCAACACCCUAGAGGUCCUGGGCCCUAAGGAAGUCAGAUUAGCCUCAACCAGAGGCAGGGCCUUUUCAACACUGGCUCUGGCCUUGUGGAACGCUCUGUCUCAUGAGACCAGGGCCCUGCAGGAUCUGAUUUCUUUCCGCAGGGCCUGUAAGACAGAGUUGUUCCGCCUGGCCUUUGGCUUGGAAUCAACUUGAUCCCCUUCCCCUCUUUCCUUUCUCCUUCUGUGAUGCAACCCCUAUUUGGGGACUUCCCUGCCUUUUUUCUGGCCCACGUAGGACCAGUCUGGAUAGUUGACCUUGGCGAAGACUUGACAUUUUCAUCCCCAAAAAGUUUUUGCUUUGAGUUUCUACUGAAAUGAGGCUGCAUUUUAAUGUUGUACUUAAUCUUGUUUCGAAGUUGUAUUUUAAUCAAUUGUUUUUACCUGGUGUUAGCCGCCCUGAGCCCGGUCUUGGCUGGGGAAGGCGGGGUAUAAAUAAAAUUUAUUAUUAUUAUUUAUCAUUGUCUAGGUCUCCUACCUGGCCAGCGUCGUCCGUUAUGGAGAGACACCCGAAACCUCCUUCAACCAGUGGGCCUGGGGGCUGGUCUUGAGGCUGAAACUGCACGCCAACGACUACGGGAUGCAGCAGGGCUGGCCUCUCACUCCCGUCUCCUCUGCGGCGCUUGAGCUGGCGGAAUCGCCCACCUUUCACCCACUGUUGAAGGCCGUCCGGUCGGGCCUCCCUAUUGGCUGCUACCUGGCGUUGGCCAUGACGACGGUGGGGCAUAGGUGAGUGCCAGGAGAACUCUCCCUUGCCCUCUGUGUCCUCGGCGGUGCAUUUCUGGGUUUACAUGCAUCCCCGCCCCAGGCCUGCAGCUCGUUCACAGUCAAUCAGAAAGCAUAGGGAAGGUAGUGCAAUCAUGGCUCAGAGGAACCUGGUGAAUCCCCCCUGUAAUGGCUCGUGCAUAAAUCGGCGCCACACCUGGCUGGGUUGCCUGAGUGAACCCUUUCUGUCCGGACAGCCGCUCGCCCGUGGCUGUCUCAAUCGCUGGCAGAAUCCGUCAGUGGGCGUUUCUUGAACUUCUUCCAGCAAAGAAGCUCUUUGACGCCGAAUCUCCGCCUACUCUCCCUGCGCGGAAGCCUUCUGCGCAGGGAGGGUGUGGGCAGCGGAGGACCCGUGCUCUCCCCGCUGGUCCCCGGAGAGGAGUCAUGGAGCCACCUUGCCGAUUCCCCCAUCUGCCCCCCUUCUCCACUGGUGCUAUGCUGAUUUCCUUCCCCAGAAGAUGUGCUGCUUCUCUCCCUCCCGGGACGCUCUCCGGAAUCCCUCUGGAGCCCUCCCUCUCCCUCUGGCUCCGAUGGCAGUUCCCUGACACCCCCCUCCCAAAAAACCCCUCAAGCUGACCUGCCCUUGCAUCACAGGAACAUAGGAAGCUGUCUUAUACAGAGCCAGACCAUUGGUCUGUGUAACUGACUGACAAUGGCUCUCCUAGGUUUCAGGGCGGGGUAUAAAUAAUAAAUUAUUAUUCUGGGAAUGGAACUUGGCAUCUUCUUCAGGCAAAUCAGGUUCUCUGCCCCUGAGCAACGGCCCUUCCCCUUGCUUAUUUGUUUAUUUAUUAAACUUACCACAGCCAUACCUCGGGUUGCGAACGUGAUCCGUGCAGGAGGCACGUUCGCAACAUGCAGUGCCGUGUCUGCGCACGCGUGUGACGUGAUUCGGCGCUUCUGCGCAUGCGUGUGAUGUCAUUUUGUGUUUUUGCGCAUGCGCGAGCGCCGAAACCUGGAAGUAACCUGUUCCGGUACUUCCAGGUUCGGUGCGGACCACAACCCAAAAACGCGCAACCCGCAGCGUUCGUAACUUGAGGUAUGACUGUACAGUGGUACCUUGGUUUUUGAACAGAAUGAGUUCCGGGAGCCCGUUCAACUCCCGGAACUGUUCAGAAAACUGAAGCAUGACUUCUGAUUGUCUGUAGGAGUGUCCUGCAGCCAAUCGGAAGCCACAGAAGCCGCGCCAGAUGUUCAGCUUCCGAAAAUCGUUCGAAAACCGGAACACUCACUUCCGGGUUUCGAUCGUUCAGGAGCCAAUCUGUUCGGGAGCCGAGGCGUUCAAGAUCCAGGGUACAACUGUAGUUGCUUGUCAUGUGAAAGUCUCCAAGCAAUGUCCAGUAAAGAUAGAUUUACAGCACAUAAUGGGGGUGGGGGGAGGUGGCAGCUGCCCAAUGCAUCUUCUCAUCUGUCUCCCCAUAAUAGCUUUGAGGCAGGAAUCCCCUCAGAAGAAUUUGUGUCAGCUUCCUGGAAGCCUGCAGGCGUGGGAGCAGAGAUCACCCUUCUGCCUGUUAAUACCGUUAUCGUUUUGUCCAAUGACUAACAUACAUUUUCCUCUUAUCCUUCAAUAGUGUUGAGAAGUUCUGUGCUGAAGGGAUCUCACUCCUGGGCGUUUUGGUGCAGUCGCGGCAUCUGAGAACGGUGGUUCAUGUCCUGGAUAAAGUCUUAGCGUUGUUCUAUCCAUGCCAGUAUUACCUGCUGAAGAACGAACAGUAAGUCCAAGACUGCCUGCCUUGCUUGUAUCCCCCAUCUAUCCUUUCAAAAUUCUGCUGUUACUGCAUCUCAAGGCAGCCCUGUAUAGGAAAGUUUUUAAUGUUUAAUGUUUUAUUAUGUUUUUGAAUAUGCUGGGAAGAGUGGCUGGGACAACCCAGUCAGAUGGACAGGGGUACAAAUAUUAUUAUUAUUAUUAAUUAAAUAGGGCAGGCUGGUUUUUGCAGCUCAGCCAGAGGGCCCUUUCUGAGAGUUGGUAUAUGUCAGGCAUAGGCAAACUUGGCCCUCCAGAUGUUUUUGGCCUACAACUCCCAGGAUCCCUAGCCAGCAGGACCAGUGGUCAGGGAUGAUGGGAACUGUAGUCCCAAAACAUCUGGAGGGCUGAGUUUGCCUAUGCCUGAUAUAUGUAGUGCACAGCAUUUGAAAUUAGCUGGGCAUUUUGUAACUGGCAACUGGUCUUUUGCAACAGGAUUGAUAUGUCCAGGUGCCACCUUUGGCGCCUAACAUAUCCACCUGCCUGUGGGUUAUUCAGGGGGCCUGCAGAGUAGCGCGGCAGCAAAAGACAUGCCUUUGUUUUUUUGCUGUUGCUGCUGCGCUGCCGGGCAAAUCAGCUGUUUUGCGGGGUAGCGCGGUAGCAAAAUACAUGCCUUUUGCUGCUGUGCUACCUUGCAGACCCCCUGAAUCACCUGGCAGCAAAAAAAAAGAAAGAAAGAACUUUUUUUUUUACCUGCUAUCUGUCUUCAAAAAAGAAAUCCUAGUCUAUGUACAAAAAAUGGCGACUGGACAUUCUGUUUUGGUACCCACCAUCCAGAUCCCAGCAGUCAUAUGGCUCCUAGCUUUUGUAUCCUAGUUUGUAACAAUGGUAGUGGGGCAACUGUACCUUUUCGACCUAGCAACUAAAUUGGCAACUUGUUCUUUGUCCUGUCCCGCCCCACCCAGGUUUCUGUCUUGCCUCUAUCAAUUCCUUCAGCUGGACAGUGGCGUCCCCCAAGGGAUGACCCAGCAAGUGACGCAGAAAGUCACUCAGCACUUAACUGGGACGAGUUACGGUGAAAACAUCAAGCUGCUCAACUGCAUGAUUCAGGUCAGGAGCUAGAAGCAUGUCUUCUUCGACCGUGGACUCUUUUAAGGCUGGAAGGGAACCAAGGGACCAAAGCACCCAUCCCUUUGCUCCUAAAGAUCAGCCUACAUGGUGCAAGACUAGAAUGUGCCACAAGACAAAAGCAAGGAGUUAUUGACAGUUUUACCGCUUCCUUUAAACUGCUUAGAGGCUUUACAGCAAUCAAGCAGCAUAUGAAUUUUUGUUAAAUAAAAUAAGGGUGGUUGCCCCAUGUAAACGAAUGUGCGUGUCCCCGCAAGCGUGGAAUCUCAGAAUCAUCCAAUUGUCAAGUUGGAAAUGACCCAAAGGGUCCCUUAUUCCAAACCUCUGCAAUGCAGGAAUCUCAGCUAAUGAAUCUCUGACAGAGAAUCUUUCUGAGAAUCUUGGCUCUUCCUUCCUUUCCCAAAUUAAGCUUAUCUUAGGCUCGACAAGAUAGGCUUGAGAGCUUGUAGAUCCGCAUCUGCUGAAAUUCCAGGAGUUCCAGGGAUGACUGAAUGAGAGCGACAGGGUUUGGGGUGGGGUUCAGGGUACAUCAAUGCAGUUAAAAUGUCAUGGCCCCGACCUCUGGAAGCAGCCAGGACUUUGAUGCAGGGGAACAGAAGUCAGGACCAGCUGUGCAAGCAACAUCAGACCACAUAACACCGGUCUUGAAAGACCUACACUGGCUCCCAGUACAUUUCCGAGCACAAUUCAAAGUGUUGGUGCUGACCUUUAAAGCCCUAAAUGGCCUCGGCCCAGUAUAUCUGAAGGAGCAUCUCCACCCCCCCAUUGUUCUACCCGGAUACUGAGGUCCAGUGCCGAGGGCCUUCUGGAGGUUCCCUCACAGCGUGAAACCAAGUUACAGGGAACCAGGCAGAGGGCCUUCUCGGUAGUGGCACCCACCCUGUGGAACGCCCUCCCACCAGAUGUCAAAGAGAAGAACAACUACCAGACUUUUAGAAGACAUCUGAAGGCAGCCCUCUUUAGGGAGGCUUUUAAUGUUUGAUGUAUUGUGGUAUUUUAAUAUUUUGAUGGAAGCCGCCCAGAGUGGCUGGGGAAGCCCAGCCAGAUGGGCGGGGUAUAAAUAAUAAAUUAUUAUUAUAUAUUAUAUUAUUCUGGGUCCAGGCAGAGUCUCCAGUGCGGAGCCAGAACCGGCCAGCUGGAAGUGCCUUCAGCUGCCCCUUCCCCAUCGAGGCCAAUGGUCUUUGUCCAUGCCAGGAGCCUCACUCUUUUCAGUGCUUGUGUUUGGCAAGCACUGCCAAAGAGGCAACAACGAUGCAUGCCUGCAGGCUAGAGGCCUGCUCCACCUUUCAGCAAAGGCUUGAACAGCCUGGGAAGGGUUCUAUGACCUCAGCAAAUUGCCAGCUCGGUGCUGUCCAAGGUCCUGCGAUGAGAGAGAGAGAGAGAGACUGGGAAUCCUGAUAGUAGAUGAUUCGGUCAAGGAAGCCAAGUUGCAUGCAGCUGGGGUGUGUGGAGGCUUGUAGAAUCUGGAUUUCUGACCGUUUCUGAGGCCAACCCCAGGGAGAUUCUGGAGAAACAUCAGGAAGAAUUUUCAGACAGCGACAGCCUUUCGGCACUGGGAUGGGCUCCCUCAGAAGGUGGUGGACUCCUUCCUUGGAGGUUUUUAAGCAGAGGUUGGAUGGCCAUCUGUCAGGGAUGCCUUUAAAGCCCUCAACGGCCUCGGUCCGGUAUACCUGAAGGAGCAUCUCCACCUUCAUCGUUCUGCCCAGACACUGAGGUCCAGCAUCGAGGGCCUUCUGGCAGUUCCCUCAUUGCAAGAAGUGAGGUUACACGGAACCAGGCAGAGGGCCUUCUCGGUAGUGGCACCCGCCCUGUGGAACGCCCUCCCACCAGAUGUCAAAGAGAAAAACAACUACCAGACUUUUAGAAGACAUUCCCUGUUUAGGGUAGCUUUUAAUGUUUAAUAGGUUAUUGUAUUUUAAUAUUCUGUUGGAAGCCUCCCAGAGUGGCUGGGGAAACCCAGCCAGAUGGGCAGGGUAUAAAUAAUAAAUUAACAUUAUUGUUAUUAGUGGAGAUUCUUGCAUUGCAAGGGGUUGGACUACAUGACCCUCGGGGUCCCUUCCGGCACUACAAUUCUCUGACCACCCUGGUCUCCCAUCAGAAGAAACAUGCAAAACUGGUGGGCAAAAGAUACAGUGUCAGUGAGUUGGCUGUGCUGUGGAUGAGUGAGAAUCAGGCGCUGUUCUCUCUCUCUUUCUCUCUCUCUCUCUCUCUCUCUCUCUCUCUCUCUGUGUGUGUGUGUACAGCCCAUGCAAUGAGCACCUCCAUGCAAAUACAGUUUUGACUGCUUUUCUGUCGCCUGCAGAAAUCCGUCUCUAAUGGUGGCAGCGUUUUAUAAGAAGGGCUGUUCUCACGCCUUGUUGCUGCCCUCCAGGUCUGUGGGUUCUCUCCGGCCCUUAUUGCGAUCUCAUUUCAUCCUUCCACCCUUUUUCUUGGCAGACUCACAUUUUUAUGAGCAGCCUUCCCAACGGAGUCGGGCCAGCGGCCGUGUUGGAGUUCUGGGUUCAGGCCCUCAUCAGCCAGCCGCUGUGGCACAAGGAGAGAGCCAUACUCUGCCUGAUGGACCACUUGUGCCAAGCCGCUUUCCAGUUCAACCAAGAGGACUGUGUGCAGAAGCUGCUGUACCAGCAACACAAGGUAUGGAUGCUCCAUCCCUCUUUCCCUCCUGGGUUAGGAGAUGCUUUAACUAGCAGUGUCUGUUGGUGUUUUGCAACUUUGACCUGUUGCAGGACCUUAGCCAGACCUUAGCAGAGCAUAUGCAGAGUUCCAGAAAGCAAUCAGUUGCAGGCAGGAUGGACGAAGCAGGAACAAAUGCUGCUAUUAGUAACUUGGUUGCUUUGAUGUGUUUAUUAUUUACGGCAGACUCUACAAGUUAUUUCAGUGGUACCUCUAGAUACGAAUGGGAUCCGUUCCGGAGCCCCGUUCGCAUCUAGAAGCAAACGUAACUAGUGACGGCACGUCUGUGCAUGCACGCAUCACGUUUUGCCGCUUCUGCGCAUGCGCAUGACGUCAUUUUGAGCGUCUGCGCAUGCGCAAGCGGCGAAACCCGGAAGUAACGCGCUCCGUUACUUCCGGGUUGCUGCGGAGCGCAACUCAAGCGCACUCAACCCAAAGCGCAUUCAACCGAGGUAUGACUGUAUAUACAAGAACAGAAACGUGGAUCUUAACUAGCUCUCUCUUAACAAACGCCAAACGACUCUCAGAACAUCACACUGACCGACAACACAGUCCAGUCAGUAAGGUCAUAAAUCAUCAUGCCCUUGUGAGACUUCAAUUUUAAAGCUGUUUCCAGGCUCCCAUAUCUCCAGGCAGAUAACUCUCUGCUCAGUCAUCCUUGUCUGUCGGCCAACUCUUAAUUGACUCUGUGAAGCUGCACAGAAUAGCACGUAGUCAAAAAUCCCAACAGUGUCUGUCUCGAGAGACGAUGGAGUGCACUUCUUGGGGUGAACAUCCCCGGAGGUGCAAGCCUGGAUGUCCUGGGCUGCCCAGACGACAAGACCCUCUCUCAGCCUCGCUGAUGUGGUCCAAAGGAAUGCAUAGCAAUGUCUUUGGCACCAGCUUGGCUGCAGGAAUUGCUGGACGGAGGCGUACAAGGCGCCAUCCAACCAUCUUAGGGAUUCCACUCUAGAUUUGUGUAGGGUUUUCUUCUGAAGAUAUCCAGCAAGGCAGUGAAGGUUUAGGAUCAGAGUUCUCUUUCUCCUUGAUGGGCUUCCUUCCCAGGCUGAUCACUCCCAUCUGCCCCUCAUAUUUAAAUAAUGGCCAAGUAAUGCAGAAUGUGGGACGCGGGUGGCGCUGUGGGUUAAACCACUGAGCCUCUUGGGCUUGCUGAUCAGAAGGUCGGCGGUUCGAAUCCCCGCGACAGGGUGAGCUCCCGUUGCUCGGUCCCUGCUCCUGCCCACCUAGCAGUUCGAAAGCACGUCAAAGUGCAAGUAGAUAAAUAGGUACCACUCCGGCAGGAAGGUAAACGGUGUUUCCGUGCGCUGCUCUGGUACGCCAGAAGCGGCUUAGUCAUGCUGGCCACAUGACCCGGAAGCUGUACGCCGGCUCCCUCGGCCAAUAAAGCGAGAUGAGCGCCGCAGCCCCAGAGUCGGCCGCGACUGGACCUAAUGGUCAGGGGUCCCUUUAACUUUACCUUUACCUUUAAUGCAGAAUGUGUUGGGAUGCUGUGGUCGCCUGUUCCCUGCUCUGGAAGUGGGUUGGACUUGUUGAGCUUUGGGAUCACUUAUAACACUUGGACUCUGCGAUUCUUGGGUGUGUGGCUACUUAAUUCAUGGGCAUGGCCCUUCCUUCUUCCUAUGACCUCAUGCAGGCUUCCUCAACCUGGGCCCUCCAGAUGUUUUUGGCUUACAACUCCCAUGAUCCCUAGCUAGCAGGACCAGUGGUCAGGGAUGAUAGGAAUUGCAGUCUCAAAACAUCUGGAGGGCCGAGGUUGAGGAAGCCUGACUUAAUGUUUAGAAGAAACCACCACUCUUAGAAGCUGAACCUGUUGAUUGCCACCCUCUGGAGGAGAUUUGCUCUAUUUAUGUGACAGCUCUUCAGAUAUUUGAAGUUGGUGGUCCCCAGUGCUUCUUCCUCGUCUCUUCUCCAAGCUAAACUUGCAUGUUCUCCAGACUCCAAAGCCUCGUUGAUGCCCUCUUCAGGCUAGAAUUUGGCUUCCCUGUUCUAUAUACAGUGGUGCCCCGCAAGACGAAUGCCUCGCAAGACGGAAAACCCGCUAGACGAAAGGGUUUUCCGUUUUGGAGGUGCUUCGCAAAACGAAUUUCCUAUGUGCUUGCUUCGCAAGACGAAAAUGUCUUGCGAGUUCCUGCGGGUUUUUUUUCCUCCCCCCCCCCUUUUUCCCAAGCCGCUAAACCGCUUAUCAGCUGAUCGUUAAGCCGCUUAACAGCUGAUCGCGAAGCCGCUUAUCAGCUGAUCCGCUAAGCCCGCUAAGCCGCUAAUACUGUAGCGCUAAUCUGCUAAACCGCUAAUGGGCUUGUUUCGCAAGACGAAAAAACCCGCAAGACGAAGAGACUCGCGGAACGGAUUCUUUUCGUCUUGCGAGGCACCACUGUAUUGCGUCAAACAUUGUUAUGUCAAAUGCUGUUUGAAACUGUGUCCCCCUGACCUCUGAUAACAGGCAAGAAGUGUGUUCUUAAAGUCUGAAUAUGCUUCUGUGGCUUAAUUCCCAUUGCCUUUCGGCCUAAAUCUCUGGCCUGCAAUGGCUCAAGGUCUUCUCACCUGGCCUUUUCUCUCUCACCCGACCUUCCCAGAAUGCCUUGGGCUACCACUGUGACAAGGGGCUGCUCUCUUCCUUAGUCAGCUGGAUCGUGGCUGGAAAUGUCACGCCUUCCUUCAUCGAGGGAAACGCAAAUCCCACGCAGGUAGGGAAGUGCCAUAGAGUUGAUGUCCUAGAAUGGGCUUGGAGGGUGUUGCCCAGGCUUGCUCUCUCACUGGGAAGAAACAAAGAUGGAUUUGAUUGAAAUCAAAUCAAUUUAAAUCACUAGUCAGUAAGACUUGAUUUAAAUCAUUUUUCUUCUUUUACAGAAAGACUCAUUCUUGCUGGUAUAAUCUUAAUAUUUGCAACCAAACAAAGGUUUCAUUUUUGGAAUAAAAAGUUUUCAGAGUAGUUUUUACAGUUAUAUAAAAAAAUCACUGAUUUGGUUAUACUAUUAGAAAUGCAUAGACAGAUAAUUAUGAAAUUAUUGUGAGGUUGAAUAAGUUAGCUGUUUAUAGUUGGAGAACUUUUCUGCUGUACUUUAUUGGAAGGAGAAAAAUAAUCAUUUCCUUAAUAACAAUUUAAACAAUUUAUUUAACUUAAACAGUAACAUUAUGGCAUUUGUAUCCAUGUUUGUCAACUGAUGUGGUUAAAAUAAUUUUAGAAAACCGAAAACUUAGACUUAGUUGUAGAACUCAUGAAAAACCUAAAACAAAUCCUUAUUCCUGAUGAAUAGCCAUUGGACUAUAAUGUAACUUAAAUAGAAAAUUAUCUUUAGAAAGAUUUCCCCCUGAAAGCAUUUUAUUUUAAAAAUCCAAUUUAAAUAAAAAAAAUCUGAUUUAAAUAGAAAAAAUCCAUUUUAAAAUAUAUUUUUUAAAAUAAAAAAACAUUUAUUUUUAUCCUCCCUGGAAGAAACCAUUUUGAGUCUCGAUGGGCCUCCUGGGAGCAGAUGCUUCUCUUUCCUUGGUAGCCUUUGCUUUUAUUACUUUCAGGUCUGGUUUGCGUGGACCAUUCUGAAUACGGAGUCCAUCUUCGAAGAGGAUUCCCAGCUUCGCAGAGUCGUGGAAAAGGAGUUGGUGGUCAGCAAUUCGGCUCCUGAUCAGGCUCUGAAGGUAGGACCAACGUGUCUUCUCUAGGCGAUGGGUGCCUUCUCUGAAAAGGCACCCGAUGUUAGGAUAUAGUUCCGUUCCACCUUUAGAACAGGCAUGUGGAGUUGUUGCAUGUCACAAUUCUGUUUACUUCCAGCACAGUUUGCUGGGAACCUCCGUUGUAUAUAGCUUUUGCCUGUGUUGCUGUUUGCUUGGAAACGAAGGGAAGCAGACAUGUUUUUCCUUUGUCCUGAUGCUGAAUAAACGCUUGUAAAUAUGCUUACAUAUGCCUCUGUGCGCUACUUCCGUUGCAAAGAGUUCUUAUCUCUGCUAGCUUGCAUGCUCAGUCUCUAAAGGUCGCAGUUUUGAUGCUGUUCCAAGAACCGGAUUUCGCCUGUUUGCUGGUCGGUGGGCUGGAGCCAGCUGGGGGCCUGCCAAUUGCCCCCGUCUCCCCGGAUGUAUCCCAGCACCCAGAACAAGCUCGUGAUGGGGAAAAUUGACUUCACAGAUAUUGGCAUAACCUAUUUGGUGUUUCACAGCUUUCUGACUAGUUGCAGGACCUUAGCCAGACCUAGCAGAGUACACACAGAAUCCACGGAAGCAAUUGGCAACUUGGCUGCAGACAGGAUAGACGAAGCAGGAACCAGGAACUUGUAGUUAGGUGUUUAUUAUAUACAGUGGACCAUAGCUGUCAACUUACAGAUUUGAAAAUAAGGGACCAGCAACCUCGAAAAUAAGGGAUCAGCAGCCAAAAUAAGGGAUCAACAAUUACUUUGAUAAAAUACAUAUUUUGUUGCAUGCAAAUGGCUUUAGAUACCUAUUAGGUCCAUAAAUUACCAUAUAGCAUAUAUUCAACACACAAAAACAGCAACAAUUUGUUGUUGACAAAGGACAGCUGGACAUAGAAAGGGCCCCAUUACCUUCAGUAGCUUAUUUAAGGGACAUCAUCAAUAAGGGACAGCAGCGGGACAUGGUGCUGGGAUAAGGGACUGUUCCGCCAAAUAAGGGACGCUUGACAGCUAUGCAGUGGACUAUUUACAGGAACAGAACACAUAUCUUUUGCUAGCUCUCUCUGACACGACUCACAACUCCUACACUGACACACAGAACUCUGAACACUGAACUAACACAUUCCAGUUAGUAGGCCAUUAAUUAUCACUCCCUUGAGAGAGCUUGACCAAUCAGGGAGUUGUCUCCAUGUCUCUGUUAUCACCAGGCAGACUUACUCCUUAAGAUUGCCUUCUGGCUGUCUGCCAAACCUUAAUUGACUCUGUGUGAGUAGCUGCACGUAUACAGUUUCCCAACAACAGAAGGCGACGCAACCAACUUUCUUUUCUGUCUGCAGAAAGCUCAGAGCCAGCUGAAGCUGCCCAUCGUCCCAUCUCUCCAGCGGCUGCUGAUUUAUCGUUGGGCUCAUCAAGCCCUCGCUACCCCCGCUGACCACCCGCUGCUCCCGCUCAUCUGGCAGAAAUUCUUCCUCCUCUACCUCCACCGCCCGGGGCCGCAAUAUGGGUGAAUUCACAUCUGGAGGGUUUUUAUUUAAUUAUCGUUAUUUAUUUCAUUUCCGUCUCGCUUCCCCACCAGGCGUUUCGAAACGAUUUACCCUGUAAUGACAUAAGAUAUAAGAACCGGCUAAAAACAAUUGCACACACACAGAAACAAUUUUAGGAAACAACUGCAAAUAUAAAGGCAGUUUAAAGUGACAACAUGGCAUCAAUUCAGAUCCCAGGCAGAUACCAGCUGGGAUGAAUGUUUUAGGAAGCUCACUGAAAGGGGAACACAUUUUGCUUUUUAAUUAUAGGAGUUGCUGUGCAUGCAAAAGGCCUUUGGCCUCCUGUUAAUCCCUGGCAACAUCCCCAAGUGAAAGGGCUCAGUUAGAGCGGGUGAUAAAGAAAGGCAGCCUUCGGCCUGAGACCCUGGGGAGCUGUUGCCAGUCAGAGCAAACAACACUGGGGGUAGACAAGCAAAUAGUCAAACCAAUAAAAGGCAGGUUUUUUAUGUUUCUGUAUUGGGGACGAACAGGUGACAGCUCAGGAAUCCUGGUUAAAACUGAAAUUUCUCCUUACCAAGUCACAAGAACCUGCCUCUCUCCUGAUGUACUUGGGCUCCCAGCUCCCACCAGCCCAAGCCAGCAUAGCUAAAUAUAUUUAGAAACAUGUAUUAAGUUUUAAUUAGAGAGCCAGCGUGGUGUAGUGGUUAAGAGCAGUGAUCUGGUGAACUGGGUUCGCUUCCCCACUCCUCCACAUGCACCUGCUGGGUGACCUUGGGCUAGUCACACUUCUCUGAAGUCUCUCAGCCCCACUCACCUCACAGAAUGUUUGUUGUGGGGGAGGAAGAGAAAGGAGAAGGUUAGCCGCUUUGAGACUCCUUAAGGGGAGUGAAAGGCGGGAUGUCAAGUCCAAGUCCAAACUCUUUUGUUUGGGUAUUUCUUUUAAAAAAUUGCAGAAAUUGGACAAACUUAACAAAAUAACUCAUGCAACUGGAAGUAGACUGAUUUCUCCAUUGCUAAGUUUCAUUAUAAAGGAACGCGGGUGGCGCUGUGGGUUAAACCACAGAGCCUAGGACUUGCCGAUCAGAAGGUCAGCGGUUCGAAUCCCCACGACGGGGUGAGCUCCCAUUGCUGGGUCCCUGCACCUGACAACCUAGCAGUUCAAAAGCACGUCAAAGUACAAGUAGAUAAAUAGGUACCACUCUGGCGGGAAGGUAAACGGUGUUUCCGUGCGCUGCUCUGGUUCGCCAGAAGCGGCUUAGUCAUGCUGGCCGCAUGACCCGGAAGCUGUACGCCGGCUCCCUCGGCCAAUAAAGCGAGAUGAGCGCCGCAACCCCAGAGUCAUCCGCGACUGGACCUAAUGGUCAGGGGCCCCUUCACCUUUAAGUUUCAUUAUGACCACCUUAGGUUUUUUUUCUUCAAAAGGGAAAAGGUCUACAUACCGCUUUUCUAAGUGAUUUCGCUUGUGUUGGUUGUAAAUGAGAAAGAUUCUUCUUUUUAAGGUUACCUGUAGAUGGAUGCAUUGGGAAGAGGUUCUUUCAGAGUCCCGCUCACCUGGGCUUAUUAAGCGACCUGAAGCAUCGCCUGAUCGAGGCUGCAGACUUCCACCACUCAGCCAGCAAAGCCCUCAGGCUGGAGAACCCGGCAGGGGGCAGCGAAAGCUUAGCAGAGAAAGGAGGUGGCAAGAAGGUGUACCUGACCUCCCCUGAACUGCACAAGGAGCUCGUCAGGUAAUCAUAUAUCCACCGUGCUCUUCCAAUGAAGACCUUGUCCUGAAGCAGAACCUGGGGUGCUGUUUUUCUGGAGCAUCUCCUUAUGCCUACGGUCACAGUUCACCCGUCCCUUGCCUCUCCUGGUCUGCCCUGCAGAGGACCUUAAGGUCCAUGAAUAACCAUAGCUUAGAGGUCCCGGGCCCUAAGGAAGUCAGACCAUCCUCCACCAGGGCCAGGGCCUUUUCAGUGAUGGCUCCGACCUGGUGGAACGCUCUGUCCUAUGAGACCAGGGCCCUGCAGGAUUUAACCUCCUUCCAUCGGGCCUGUAAGGCAGAGCUAUUCCGCCUGGCCUUUAAUUUGAAUUCAGCCUGAUCUUUCAUUUCCCUUCUCUUCCCUCCCCUUUUAUGAAGAUCACCCGCUCUGAGACCCCACAGCUAAUUCUCCCCUGGUCUCCUCGCUGGCCCAAAUAGGACCAAUUCAGCCAGCUAGCCCUGGGGAUUAUCUUUUUGAGUUUUGAGUUUUAUUGUUAUUCAUGUUUUUAUACUGUAUUUUAUGCUGCUUUUAUAAUUAAGUGUUUUAAAUUUGUUGUUAGCCACCUUGAGCCCAGUUUUUGAACCGGGAAGGGACGAGGUAUAAAUAAAAUUGUAUUAUUAUUAUUAUUAUUAUUAUUAAUAAUAAUAGAGUAUCCCUGCCUCAGGGAUGGGCUUUAGAUGCACGGUCUCCAUGCAUUCUAGUUCCGGAGAACCCUUUCUUCAACGACCUGACUCCCUCAGACUCCCCUCUAUGUGCUGCAAAGGAGUCUGGGAAAUGUUCUAGGGUGGGGGAACCCUUUUUAGCUCACAGAUGACAUCUGCUUGAGGGCAGUCUCCUGGAGGCCACAGGCCUUUGCCAAAGCAAAUGGAGCAGUGUGUGUGAAUGUUACCUUUGUACACACCCCACUCUGACUGUCAUCCAGGCAUUGGCAAAGUCCAAGGGCACGUUCUGGGCAAGCAAGAACUCUUGAAGGGUGCAGCUUGGAAGGGUGGCCUGUGGAGUGUGGGGGAGAUAAUAAUAAUUUUUUUAGUAUUUAUACCCUGCCUGGCUGGAGAUGAUGAUGAUGAUGAUAAUAAUAAUAACUAUUUUAUUAUUUAGACCCCCUGGCUAGGUUUCUCCUAGGUUUUCUUUCUUUCUUUCUUUUUUAAAUAAAAUUUUAAUUAGUUUUUCAGCAUAUCAUUUUCAAAAGCAAUUAAGCAUACUUUUAUAUCUUAUACAGUUUUUUUUACUUCCAUCAAUCACAUCUGAAAAUUUUCCAAUCUAUUCACUUAAUUUACAUUUCUUAUUUUCGCUAUUACGUUUAUAUCUCAUAACUAAUAUCUCUCUUCUUUCUCCUCUUUGCAAUAUUUCAUAUAUUCCUCCUUACAAAAACUUCCUGUAGUCCUACUAGCGUGAUUUGUUGAUUACAGCUGCUCUUCAAAUAAUUCAUAUAUUUCUUCCAAUCUUCUGUAAAUCUCUGGUCCCGCAGGUCUCAAAUCCUUCCUUGUGAUUUUAUCCAAUUCUGCGUAGUCCGUUAAUUUUGUCUGCCAUUCUUCCUUCGUCGGUAUUUCUUCUUGCUUCCUCUCCUUGUUAUGCCUUUCAGGCUUUUCAACACGUUUGUUUUGUGGCUGGAAGAAGAGAGCUUUCAGAAGGGAGACACGUACAUCCCCUCCUUACCAAAGCAAUAUGAUGCCCACAGGCUCGCGAAGAUCAUGCAGAACCAGCAGGUAAUGUGCAGGGUCAAAGGUGAGGUUGCUAUAACUGUCCCCCCUUAAUACACCUCCAACUUAACAAUUAACUUCGCGGGUUGCCAUUCCCUGGAAAAUCCGUUAACCCCCAACACUUCAUUCUUCUUGGACUCUGGCAGAAACCUGCCUGUUCCAGAAGACUUCAGCUUAUUGAUCUCUUCGUGAUUUUUAAUAUACGUGAUGUUUCUAGCGGAUGCAUUUUAAUGUAGUGUAUCUUUUUCAUGUACUGUAAGCCAGCCUUCACUUACCAGAUGCCCUCUAUUUUUUAAAAAAAAUAAUUUUUACUGAAUGAUUUUAUGUUACAAAAAACAUUACAACCAUACUACCACUAAAUAUAAUUGAGAAAUAAAAAUUACAUACAUCAAUAUUUAGUUUAUUUGUUAUUUACCGUCUUAUUUCCUCCCAAACAUUCCAUACAAAACACACAUAUGUACACACACACACACACACACACACACACACACAAAUACACAAAUGAUAAUAAUGCAAGUAAAUAUUUCCCCCCCUUUUAUCUUACAAAAUCUUUUCUUCAAUUUUGACUUCCUGUCAAGUCCCUUCGCGUAUGUUUUAUCUUAACCCGGUGCCCUCUAGGACUGCAACCCUCAGAUGUUGGCUGGGGCUGAUGGGAUUUGUAGUCCAAGCACCUGGGACAAAAGUGUGGAAGGAGUUUUAAGGACUUUAGAAAUUGCCCAGUCCCAGGGUGUGUGUGUAUGUGUAGAAUCUGUAGCAACAGGAAAAACAAAGAUCUGCCUUGCUUUCGCCGGAUCCUGCCUCCGUCCAUUCCUUCACUGAUCUGUAAUGGACUUAGGCGACACUGUAAAAACCAACCCCAAUUUCUUCUAUAACAUUCCCAAGUGCUUUUUGGACUUGGGUGGCUUUAGAGAGCCAUUUGGAUGAUGUCCAAAUAGGGAUUUCUGUCAGAGGUAUGUGUGCCACAUGUGUCCCUCAUGAGCGUGGCCUUUAGGAUCUUGUUUGAAGUGGUAACAGCAGCUUCAUAGAUCAAAGUGGCUCUCCUCCACGCGCUCCCUCUAAUGGUGCUCUCCAGUAAUUUUUCUAUUGGUCUUUAACCUAGUUCCCAUAAGGUAACAAUAAAGGUAAAGGGACCCCUGACCAUUAGGUUCAGUCGUGGCCGACUCGGGGGUUGCGGCGCUCAUCUCGCUUUAUUGGCCGAGGGAGCCGGCGUACAGCUUCCGGGUCAUGUGGCCAGCAUGACUAAGCCACUUCUGGCGAACCAGAGCAGCGCACGGAAACACUGUUUACCUUCCUGCCGGAGUGGUACCUAUUUAUCUAUUGCACCUUGAUGUGCUUUCAAGCUGCUAGGUUGGCAGGAGCAGGGACCCAGCAACGGGAGCUCACCCCGUCGCGGGGAUUCGAACCGCCGACCUUCUGAUCGGCAAGCCCUAGGCUCUGUGGUUUAACCCACAGCGCCACCCGCGUCCCCACAUGUAUAUUACAUAUGGGGUUCUCAGGAAGCCCAGCUUCGUUCUCAAAACUUCAUUCUUUCUUUGGGGAGGAAACCUCAACCCACUGGGCAGGUUAUUGGACGGAACCCCCAUUAGGGAGGAGCUUCAUGCAAGCCACGCCCCUUUGGGGAGAGUUUGGAAUUGCAUUCCUCAUGGUGGGGUUGAGCUUAUGAGAAACCACAAGAGACCAUGAGAUGGACACCAGUGGGAUGUGCUCUGUUGCUCUGUUUCUCUUCUCUACCCAUAUCUGAUGCCCCUGCCGCCGUGAUGUAAAAGAGACUGGGAGCGUUCCCUUCCACGGCCGUCCAUAUUUGCCCACCUGUGUUUCUUUUCUCUUGUCCCGUCGUAGGAUUUGUGGAUAGAGUUUGUGGACACUGAACGCGUUCAGCACGAAUUCCAGGAAGUGCUGGACUCCUGGUUCCAAGUCAAGGUAGAAUCGCAUGCAGCCUCAAGUACUUUGUCUUCACAGACGGACUUCACAGACCCUCUGCUAGGUAAGCAACGCUCACGGUGCUUAGAAGCACAACAGCAAGACAUCUGUGCUUUAACUGAGACUUUUGCUUGCAGUAUUUAAUGGUGCAGCUGUUUUGGAUUGUUAAUAGAGAAAAGGCAUUUGUAACUUCAGUUUCCUUAGUAAUUGCAGCAGUGAUUAUAUUUGUAUACUCCUACUUUUUGGUGGAAAAGUAAAAACCCACUUAGAUUAAAAUGCUCACAAGAACUUUUGUUCCUUAAGUAGGUCUUCCUGAUAAACUUAUGCUGAGCCUACAAUUCCGAUUUGGCAAUCCCUAUAAUCUGUUUCUGCAAAACUAUACGAGUGUUUUUAGUGCAGUGCACUCUUGCAUUUUAAAAUUUUUUUAAAAACUGCUCAGAAUAGUGAGUAGACGAACCUCUCAUCAUAAUGGGAGACUGCUGAAAGAAAUGAUCUUCAUGUUGUUUCCACUUUGAUAUUCUUAUUGAUAUUCUUACAUUAAUCUUGCUUUCAGAGUAGGGUAGGGUAGGGUAGGGUAGGUGGGGGGGGGGUAUUAUUUUGCUGUUUUGUUUUAUUUAUUUACAUGUUUUUAUCCUGUGUUUUAUUCUGUGAACUGCCCUAAGUUCUUGUGUUGAAGGGUGCUAUGAAUGAACGAAUGAAUGAAUGAAUGAAUGAAUGAAAUCAAUAAAUACAUUCAUUCAUUCCUGAGAAGAGUGUAUAGAAUCAUCUAAAUCUCCUUGCUUGAUAAUUGGCUGAAAGCUCUGCAAGUUUAGUCUGCACAGGUCUUCUGAGUUGUAGCCCAUAAAGUUCUACUCAAGGUUGGCCCAUUGAAGUUAAUGGAUGCUGGUAAGUCCUGCCCAUUAAUUUUAACAGGUCCAUUCUGAGCAGAACGAAAAUGGGAUGGAGCCCCAUGUUUGGAAAUUGGCAGUCAUAGGAAGAGGCUGACUUUCACAAGCUUAGUACCAGGCAGAGGGCCUUUUUGGUAGUGAAAUGCUGUCCCGUCAGGUGUUAAGGAGAUGAGUGAUUAUAUAACAUGUAGGACACAUCUGAAGGCAGCCCUGUAUAGGGAAGCUUUUUAAGGUUAAAUGUUUUAUUAUGUUUUUAUAUACGCUGGAAGCUGCCCAGAGUGGCCAGUCAGAUGGGCAGAGUACAAGUAAUAAAUUGUUGUUGUUGUUGUUAUACCUGCAAGCUCAUAAGUGGUCAUCCCCUCUUGUGUGGUGACCAUUCAGAGUAGUCAAACCAAACCAAACUCAGACCACAGUUUGAUAUCCAGGUUUGUCAGAUAACCUGCUCAGUAGAAUUAAAGAGUAACCGGGGGAGCCAGGAGGCGCUGGUGGGGAAUCCAGUUGAUCCCGCGUUGUAAAGUGCGGUGUUUCAGUUUUGCAGAGGGGCAGAAAUGAAUGGCAUUGUCAGAGCGGUAGAGGCCUUCUUAAAGGUGUGAAACGAUUUCUCAGUGCAAAUUUUGCUUUCCACCUGUUGCUGAUCAACCAGAAAGCGGUGUGACUGGUGACCGCUUCACAUGCCUCUUCUCUUUCAGCCAAAGAGAGAAUCAUCAGCAGCUUAAAGAAGUACGACGCCCCCCAGCCCCCUCUCCCCCUUCAGCCGAUGAAAGCUCCUGUGCCUGCUAUUUCUCCCGCCAGCUUGGUGAAUCAGAGAGAAGCCAAAGAGCUGGUUCACUCCAACCUCAGCAUCCUUCAGCACCGUGCCAAGUGAGACACAGGCUUCCUUGUCGUUGUCUUUGUGCAUCUCUCCCCUGUGUUGUGUUGAGCCCCUUUAAGUGUAGCCCCGCCUCCAAGCUGCCUCCUCCCUCUCUUCCUUUGGACAGGGAGAAACCCUGCCGCAGGCCUGUGUUAGGCGCUCUGGGUGCUGCAUGCAAACCUUUGGGGGCAUCACUUUCCCCUCUUCUUUCUUACGUGCAGUAUCCACGGCUAGAAAAAGAAUCCGAUGUGCCUAAACGUUUGAGGAGAGCUCUGUUAUUAUUAUUAUUUUGGUUAAUGUAUGGGUUGUUAAUUUUUCAGGUCUGCGGCGCUCCGAGAGUCCCAGCAAGUUGCUUUCAACAGCGAGAUCCUGGACACGCUGCCAAAACUUUACAGCAACAGAGAAGAGCAAGUUACUCACCAUCUGGAGUGUCGGGGCAGCUCUGGGAAAAGUUGCCAGGGAGCAGCUCUUGUGACAAUCCAGGUUGGAACAGACACCUCUCCCUUCUACAGUUUGAGGGCCUCGGCCAGCCCCAGACCCUCAUUUCUAAGCGCUGUGGGGUGGGCUUUUGAGUACAGGGGUUGUAUUCAACUUAGCAAUUUCCUAGACUGGUUGGACGUAGAGGGAUGGUGGGAGGAACCAGCUGGGGAACUCCCAAGGGACUGGUCCAGCGUCACCCAGUAGUAGUAGUAGUAGUAAUAAUAAUAAUAAUAAGUAAAGGUAAAGGGACCCCUGACCAUUAGGUGCAGUCGUGACCGACUCUGGGGUUGCGGUGCUCAACUCGCUUUAUUGGCCGAGGGAGCUGGCGUACAGCUUCCGGGUCAUGUGGCCAGCAUGACUAAGUCGCUUCUGGCGAACCAGAGCAGCGCACGGAAACGCCGCUUACCUUCCUGCCAGAGUGGUACCUAUUUAUCUACUUGCACUUUGACGUGCUUAUGAACUGCUAGGUUGGCAGGAGCAGGGAUCGAGCAACGGGAGCUCACCCCGUCGUGGGGAUUCGAACCGCCGACCUUCUGAUCGGCAAGCCCUAGGCUCUGUGGUUUAACCCACAGCGCCACCCGCGUCCCAGUAGUAAUAAUAAUAGUAAUAAUAAUUAAUUUAUUAUUAUUUAUACCCUGCCCAUCUGGCUGGGCUUCCCCAGCCACUCUGGGCAGUUUCCAACAAAAUAUUAAAAUACAGUAAUGCAUCAAACAUUAAAAGCUUACCUAAACAGGGCUGCCUUCAGAUAUCUUCUAAAAGUCUGGGAGUUGUUUUUCUCUUUGACAUCUGGUGGGAGGGCGUUCCACAGGGCGGGUGCCACUACCAAGAAGGCCCUCGGCCUAGUUCCCUGUAACGUGGCUUCUCGCAGUGAGGGAACCACCAGAAGGCCCUCAGCGCUGGACCUCAGUGUCCGGGCAGAACGAUGGGGAUGGAGAUGCUCCUUCAUAUAUACUGGACUGUUUAGGGCUUUAAAGGUCAGCACCAAUACUUUGAAUUGUGAUCGGAAAUGUACUGGGAGCCAGUAAGCUUCAUGGGUGAGUUCGGAAGUUGUAAUCUGGUCUCCCAGGUCCCAGUCUAACACUCUGAACCCCACAACACACACAUGAACACCUUUUCUCCCUUAUGCCUAUGGAUACUAGAUACUUGCUCUAAAAAUUCGAGGAGGAGAUUCUGUGUCAGAGUCACAUUCUGGGCCUCUGUGAUGCUGCUGGCCUUGUAUGGGCCCUGCUGUAACCAUCUGUUCCCUCUUUAAGUUUGAAGGGAAGCACAAAAACGAAGCCAUCAGUCAGCAGCUUCAUGCUCUGAAGAAGGAAGUGAAGCAGCUGCAAGCAGAGGCCUCUCAGCCCCCUUCUCUGAGUGUGGUGGAAGCCGCUGUGCAUAUGGAAAACUUUAUAACGUAAGUUGCUGGGGCAUCUCUCUCUCUCUCUCUCUCUCUCUCUCUCUCUCUCUCUCUCUCUCUCUAUCUCUCUCGGGUCAUGCUUCUCUGGUCCUGAUGAUGUCCAGUGCUGGAAACUUCAGGCAUACAACUGGAAUCUAGCUCAAAAUCUGUUUGGUGGGAUAAAGCAAAAUAAGUGGUAACCUCGGGUUACAUACGCUUCAGGUUACAGAUUCCGCUAAUCCAGAAAUAGUACCUCGGGUUAAGAACUUUGCUUCAGGAUGAGAACAGAAAUUGUGUGGCAGCAGCGGGAGGCCCCAUUAGCUAAAGUGGUACCUCAGGUUAAGAACAGUUUCAGGUUAAGAAUGGACCUCCGGAAUGAAUUAAAUAUGUAGCCAGAGGUACCACUGUAUCUUUGUGCAUCAGGCUGUGGGCAGAGCCCAAAGGACUCUAUGCAAGCUUCUGUUCUGGUCCUGGUUCUUUGUAGCCUCUCCUCAUUCAUAUCACAGCCCCUUCAAAUGUAUUCUAAAAGGCCGCUUUUAAUGUAUCCCAAACAUAGAUGAAAACUUCCUUCAUCUUGAGAACCAUCAUGCAAAAUUUUAUUAUGACGUUUUAAGAGAUGUCUGAUCAUGCAAAGAGCUUCCCAGAAUGGGUAGCAGGUUGAAUGGCUGCAGUGUGGCUUCCUGCAUAAUACGUUUCCUAAUUUGGUUUUGCACAGAGCUUUGAUAAAUAUCUACAAGCUUCAGUCUACGCCCGGGAUUCACAGAGUCGGGAUCGACUUGUUCUUUGCUGUGGUGGGAUUUGUCUGUGACGAAACACAACGGCAUCCGCCUACGAGGCAGUUCUUCACCUCCUGCAUUGAGAUCCUUGGCCAAGUAAGCUGGUCUUGCCUAGAAUUCAUUUUUGCUUGUUGUUUUCUUUGUCGUGGACGCUUUUGGCUUAACUUACACCUCCUUACCACCUUCUUGAUGACAUCCAUGCAGCCGUGAAAUUAAACCUCAUAAAUAAGUUAGAAGUGAGGAUCUUCACCACUUUCCUUUUUUAAAAAUAGUUUUUAUUAAGUUUUUCUAAUUUACAUUUCAAGAUAAUCAUUUAGACUUCCCUUCUUCUCUUUCCAUGGUUCAUUUUGCAUACCAUACAUCCCUGCAUAUUUUACAUGAACUAAACCAUUCAGUAAUCCAUUGUUACACCAUCAAAACUCGUUUACACUGUUGAAUUUAUCUUAAUGCUACCAGUGUUUUUAAAUGUACACAACUUUCACCCAAAUAAUCAGUAAACAUUUCCCAUAUUCUUCUUGUUCUCUUUUUCUAUAUGUUAAAUCUGCAAGCUGUGCAUAUUCCAUCAAUUUAAGUUGCCAUUCUUUGGUUGGCACCUCGCUCGGUUUCCAUUCACUUUUCAAAGGCCCAUUAAUAGGCCUUGUCUAAGGCCCUUGUGUAAAAUUGUCUUUGGUCCUUGCUUAAGUGCAGGUAUAUCUAUUAACAGAGACUUGAACUGAAGACUGAUGCUUUGUAGUCCAAGUGUAGAUGAGCUGUGGCAAAGCCAAGCAGAAUACGGAAGGGUCUUGCUGUGCUGUGUCUUUGCUGAACAAACCCCUAGAUCUAAGUCUCUUUCCAGGUGUUCAUCUCCGGAACCAAAUCGGAAUGCAAGCCGGUGCUGCAAACAAUCCUGAAGAAUCGGAGGCUCUGCACACUCCUCUCUCCUUACUUCACUCCUGUUGCCUCCCCAGGAGAAUUUGUCAGCUUGUAUGAGAAAGUUGUGUCUUUCCUUGGCGACGACAACAGUGAUGUCAUUUUCAUGCUGCUCACAAAGGCAAGAGGCUCUCAAAGUUCUCCUUUUUAUGACCUGGAAAGUUGAUUUUGCAUGGAUUUCCCUUUUUGAAGUGUUUGUUGUGGGUGCACAGAGGGUGAAAGAACGUUAAUGCAAGUACAGCCAAGCUAGACAAUCUUACUGAAAUGUACUCCUUUAACCUGUGGUUUGGAGGCUUACUGUGCUAAGACGUUCCAGCAUAGCAAUACAAAGCGAAUGUCCAGCUUCUUCCAGGCUAGUGUAGAUGGAACAUCCCACACUCUUAAUCAGUGGCCUGAUUCCCCAUUACACUAAACUAUGGCUUGUUUAGCUUAUCUGUGGUUUGCUUGAACACCUGAAUGACGGUUUGCUAUUUCGAAAUAUCUAUGGUUUGCUUGUGGCCUACAAACCUGAAUAUUAGAAUUGAAGUUUACUUACAAAUCUCAGCUUGUGUGAGCCAUAGUUUCUCGUUAUGUCCAAACACGCUACCCUGGGAGUAACUCUGGUUUGAUUUGUUGCCCAUCUCCAGGUGCUUGCCUGGCUUCAGAGACCCAAGGCAAAAGCAGUGAGUAAAUGAAACCAACAGUAGGCAAAACAAGCCAUGGUUUCUUUGCUCGUCUGCAAGGUUGCCCCUGGUUUGUUCAAUAAACCAUGGUUCGAACAAGCCGUGGCUUACUGUUUGGGGCAUACGCAACUAGCAUUAAGAAAUCCAGAAUGCAUGCUCGCAUCCUCGCUACUGCUCUCUUCAGAUUGUGAAGUUCUUUUUUUGUAUCCCUACUCAGUGUUAAUUUAUGUUUUGAACAUAAGGAGAAGAGAGGGAAACUGGAAUCGAAUAAAUAUUCAGGGCCUCCCAACUUGUUUUAUGCCUCUGAUCAGCAACAGUUUCACACGUUCAUUUUGAAGGGGCAGACAGAUUCCUGUUUAUUACUUCUUUGCCUGAAGGUUGCCCUUCAGGCGCUGGAGAACUAUGCUCACUACUUCCUUUCUCAGAUCUCCCAGUCCCCCCCAGCUCCAUCCUCAAAGCUCUUUGUGCAAAUGCUUGUGGCGAUCACACAGGGUCCCUGGACAUUUCACCAUCUAUUGAUCCCGGUGCCACCACUUUAUUUCUCGCUGCCGCCACCCAGGCCCUACCUGGGACACUACCGAGUCCAGUCAGGGUUAAAUUGAAACAUAAACUUAUGUUUAUUUAUUGCAGUUUAACAAGCGUGUGGUUUCAUAAGCAGUAUCAGUCAAUUACAUUCAUGGGCUGCCUAUCCAGACCUAUAACUUCCGCUCCCUGCUCUCACUCACUAAACCACCUCUCAGAUAUUUACUUGUCUGCCUAGCCCCUAACUGUUCCUGACUCAGCCUAUUUCACUAAACUAAUUCAACCUACCCACAGACUCUAUCCCAGUUCACUCCCACUCCAACCAACCACCCAACUCCCAACAAACUCCCCUCUUCGCCCUUCCCAGAGCUGGUUUUAUAGUCCCUCUGACUCCAGUGCUCCUCACUGGGCAACCUGUUUAAUUAUUUCACCUCCAGCACUCUCUCAUAUGUUAACGUCACAAUGCUCUUCCUCCUUUUCCUCUUCCAGUUUGACCUCCCUCAGUGGCUGCACAGCUCAAAGCCCCCGCUCUCUGAGCGGACCAGACUUCUGGAGUCCAUCCACUUGGCACUCAAAGCCUGUGGCCUGGAGCCCGAGGAAGACCUUCUGAUGCCUUUUUCGAUCUUCUGCAAGCACUGGACUUGCCUUCUCCAGUACCAGUUCCCCGACCACUACAGCAGCUACCUGCAGCUGCUCAUGGAAAGUAAGUACCUGGUGAGGCACUACCUGAGAGUUUCCCAGCUGGCCUGUUGAGAUAAGAUGGCGCCCGGCACACUUCCCCUGUGCCGAUAGGAAAAACUUGAACCUCUUAGCAGAGUUCGUAGCAGAGUUCUGCAGCGGUAGAAAGUGUUGCCUUGUGUGUGGAUAAUAAAUCAGACUGAACGCAGGCUUCUUGCUAAUCUCUAACAGUCUUUAAUGAGAAGAAAAACAUCAUAAAUCAGCCCGGCGAGAGAGCGGACAUUCUUUCGUCUCUCAGCCAAAAACGAAAGGAAACUCACACACAAAGAAAGAUUCCUGUAAGUGAACCAAACCACGCCUCAGAAUGUGAGACAUCACACAGAACUGUUUAACCCUGUAAGUUCUGAUUCUCCUCACAUGGCCUUCAGGCCGAAUUCGUCCACUAGUUUCAAAACAGCUGAAUUGCACCACUUCCACUGAAAUUUGGUCCCACCUUUUGUGUGGGUGUGUCUGCAUGUGUGGGAUAGGUAGAAGGCCCUCUGCCCUGAAACACUUCAUACCCUGCAAGGAGAAUAAGCAGAUUUCUGUGGCCUGUAUAGAUGCACGCUAAUCAUACGCAAACAAAGAGGUGCUGCUCAGCUUUCUUACAUUUUAUGACUUAUUUUUUGCGAUUGUUCCUUAGAAAAAGAAGAGAACGGAAGUUAAGAUGCUUUAGACUUUUCUUGGUCUCUUGUGGACCUGCUGCGAAAUACAUAGCAUUGUAGAUUGUAGAGUUGGAAGGGACCACGAGGGUCAUCUAGUCCAACCCCCUGCAAUGCAGGAAUCUUUCUUCCUGAACCCACGACCCUGAGAUUUAUUAGUCUCGUGCUCUACCCGCUGAGCUAUCCUCCACACUGGUUAGCUUAUACUAAGCCCCAUCUAAUGCAGCGACGGGCACCUUUUUGGCUUGGCGGGCCACCCCUGUGGACCAAUGUUGAAGUGGGACAAACCACCUGUCAAUCACCUUACAUCCUUAAGAGUCCUUGUCACACGGCUGGUAGUCAGGGACAUGGGAUCUGUAGUACAUGGGGACUUUGCCAUCCCUGCACUUGGCAUUUCAACAAUCAGAGGACUGGCGAAGCUGUUUUCGGCAGCAGUUGGCCUUGUCCUUGAGCCCCAGCCCCCUGGAGAACUUGGCCGCACAGCCGAUCUGGCAGGGUAAAACUGGCCGCCUGCGGCCUGUGAGUUUAACCCUGCUUACAGAAGGGAUCGCCUUCACAGCUGAUCCAACUUUGUCUCUACCUUCCCACCCCUUAUGUCAAAUAUAAGGAUGGGCGUGAGACAGGUUGGGUGUGUUUUGAGCGAAAUGGCUUCAUGGGCCAAAUUGGGAGGUGGGCCACAUUUGACCUGAGGGCCGGCGGUUCCCGACUCCUCCUCUCCUGUGAUUUCUGGUUAUUGGCACCUGUUACCUGGACAAUCUGCUCUGGGCCCGCCCCCUCAGGUUCCUCGGAUCAGCUCCUGAGCCCUGACUGCUGGAACGUGUCCCUGAAAGCCUUGGGCUGCGGCUCUGUGGCAGCGAAGACAGAUGCCAGGAAGGAGAACGACGGCGAAAACAUGGUGCUGCAAACUUCUGUGCAGCUGUUUCUAUCUGCAGAUCAGGUGGGCAGUUGGUGUAGCGUUGCGAUGCGAUCUCCUCGCGAACAAGGGGAAGGGCUGUAGGUCAAUAGUGGAGCAUCUUUCUUUCAUGCAGGAAGGAUACAGUUUGAGGUUUCAUGGGCGCCAGGGAAUAUCCCCCAAAACACCAUUUAGCCCAUGGGUACCAUGCUGGUGGGACACGGGUGGCGCUGUGGGUUGAACCACAGAGCCUAGGACUUGCCGAUCAGAAGGUCGGCGGUUCGAAUCCCCACGACGGGUUGAGCUUCUGUUGCUCGGUCCCCGCUCCUGCCAAUCUAGCAGUUCAAAAGCACGUCAAAGUGCAAGUAGAUAAAUAGGUACCACUCUGGCGGGAAGGUACCAGCAUUUCUGUGUGCUGCUCUAGUUCGCCAGAAGUGGCUUAGUCAUGCUGGCCACAUGACCCGGAAGCUGGCUCCCUCGGCCAAUAAAGCGAGAUGAGCACCGCAACCCCAGAGUCGGCCACGACUGGACCUAAUGGUCAGGGGUCCCUUUACCUUUACCAUUCUGGUAACUUCAGGCUUAAAGCACAGGCACUACAUGUCUAUGAUUAAGUAGGAAGGAGGGUAUUUAAAAGCAUCUGUGUGUAGCAAGGCUUCUAUGACCUCUGUCCUUGUUCUGUCAAGGCAAAUGCUAUUUAGCCGCUGGAAAUUUAAUGUCCUGCUAUCUGUUCUUUUGGAAGGUAGAUACAGAAAGAUUCUGGAUCUGUCCAUGUAAGAGUAGUCACAUAAAAACAGUGAGCCGUGUUCUGUUUCAUUGUAUAUUUUAUUCAGAUUCCAGAGCCUCUCUCAUAACGCCCCUUGUAUGAAAAGUGCUAGGGAGGACAGAGGAAUGCUAUUUAAAUUACCUCUCGUCUGUCCAGAAUUCGUAUGUCACUAGAAAUAUAGCUAGAUUUUGUGCAAUAGCCGUAAGUCAAAGAAAGCGAAAGAAUACAAAGCUGCAUAAAUCAUCAUGAACAGCUACAGUUCAUAGUUAAAUCUCUUACUCUUUUAAACUUUUAUGGCGUUUUAUUCUCUCUGGACGCAUAUUUCAAGUACAUUCCAUUAGUAUAUUGAUUGUUAAAUCCCAUAUCAAUCGUUUUUAUUGCUUACGUAGAAAAUUAUGCAGAAGUUCUGGUUUAAUAUGCGGGCUGUUUGCCGUAAUAAACAUUGAUUGAUUGAUAUUUAGCUGCUAGAUGGAACUCUGGUGUGUGGCAGCCUAAGGCAGUUUCUUAUUUUCUUGAGUGACGCUGUUAUGAUGCAUCAUCUAAGGCAGAGCUAGACAGGUGGCAGGCCGGAAUCUACUGGUAAAUCUCUGGGUCGCCUACAGGAGGCGGUCCAAAGUUUCCCAUAAUCCACUGGCGGCAAAGUAAAGUGGCAGGCUCUCCGUCUGGGAUGGCGAGCCAUGAUCUGCUUUGUACAUCUUCCCAGGCCUCAGAGCUUUCUUCCUCUGCAGGUCAUGGAGACGAUCGACUGGCUUUCCGACUACUUUCUCAAGCUGCGCUUGUCUUCGCAAGACUUCCGGAGCUUUGGCCUGUUCUCCAAGUGGGCUCCCUACAUAGCCGAAGUGACCUGCUUCACGGAGUAUCUCGUCAACCGCCUGGUGGACUCGGAAGUGGCCAACUUGGCACGAGAGCCAGUUGGCAGCAGCAGGACUCUGGAAGGUAACACACAGGCAAGAGUGUAAGGAAAACUGGCACGGCCGUCCUGAGGUCCCUGUGUUUUGGGAGGCUGGCAUCAUGCCACGUAGGGUGACUGCUGCCAUUGUGGCUUCCUCCCUUUUUGCUCUUCUCUCCCCCCCCCCGGUUGAAAAUGUGUUUUGCUAUCUCCUGGUUUCUCAGCUUACUGUUUUGCUGGCUUCCGAGAGGUCACUGGUGUAGGAAUGAUUGCUGGGUGCGCUCUGUCUAACCUUUUGCGGUCUCAGUAGUCUGCGGUGUCCUGUCUGUGACCUUUGUCUCUGAGACCUUUGUCUCCUUCGUCAUACAUUGUGCAAGAGGAAAAUGACGCGGUAGAAACAGGCACCAAAAUAACUUUGUACCACCCCGCAAUCUCGGGACUGGAGGAUGUGUAAAGGUCACAGCCCAAAAUGUAUCUGCCUGGGUUUGCAUAUUGUGUCAAUAAAAGGAGCCUCCACAGAGUUGGCCGGCAGCUUGCUUGCAGCUCACCUGUGCGCAGCUCACCUGCAUUACCAACUCCUGCCUCAUGUCCUUCACUUCACACUGGCAUUUCACACUCCCCUGUGUACAGUCAUACCUUGAAUCCUGAACGCCUUGCGAGUCAAACGUUUUGGCUCCCAAACGCCGCAAACCCAGAAGCGAGUGUUCCGGUUUGUGAACGUUCUUUGGAACCUGAACGGCCGACGCGUCUUCCGAUUGAGCGCAGGACGUUCCUGCAGGCAAUCGGAAGCCGCGCCUUGGUCGUCGAACGUUUUCGGAAGUCGAACGGACUUCUGGAACGGAUUCCGUUCGACAAUCAAAGUACGACUGUACUUGUUUUUGCAUUGUAAUGACUAUCAACUUGCUUUAAUUAAAGAAGCUAAGAUAGAUGUUAGAUGUUUGUGCUGUGAAAAUAUCUCAUUGCUGUGUUGCACAUGUGUUUUUUCCCCUCCUUCCCAGUGCUGCGCUCUUUGCAUUUGGUCAUCACCAGACUUUUUAGGCCUUGGAUCUUGGUUUUGGAGAGAGAAGAUGCAAGGUGAGGAGGGAGCCGAAGGGAAGAAACAUUCCAUGUGUCUGUGAAAGGGCAUUUGUGUGAUUCUCUUGGCGAUGAUCAGUCAGCUCCUCGUUUAUUUCUUUUUUUGGGGGGGAAAAAGCUUUACAGUGGUACCUUGGGUUAAGUACUUAAUUCAUUCCAGAGGUCUGUUCUUAACCUGAAACUGCUCUUAACCUGAGGUACCACUUUAGCUAAUGGGGCCUCCUGCUGCCACCGCGCCGCCAGAGCACGAUUUCUGUUCUUAACCUAAAGCACUAUUUCUGGGUUAGUGGAGUCUGUAACCUGAAGCGUAUGUAACCCGAGGUACCACUAUAUUGAAUUUUAAUAAGGAUGAGCAAGUUAUAGAAAAAAGGAAAGGACUCCUUGGCUGGCUUUGAAUAAACAUUCACAAACUUUUUAUUGAUAAUAAUCAGCUAAAUAGUUUGAGGAUCUAUACAACUGUGUAACAUGCAAAAAACAGCAUUUUUUGAGAAAUCAAAGACUGGAACUGAGGGAAGUUGGGGGUGGGGGUGGGUGGGUUUUGUGGGGGGAGGGAGUGGGAGGGAGGAAAAAUGGGGGAAAAUAAGGAUGAUAUGUUUUUUUUUAUUAAAUAUUUUAUUAGAUUUUCCAUAAAAAAACAUUUUUACAAAAUUAUACAUCCAUUUUUAACUUAAACCCUUUUUUUCAGAACUUCCCUCAGCUUGUCUGAUAAUUUUCCGUUCAUUUUUUAUCCUCGUCUCACAUUUGCCAAUAUUAUAUUGCACUCAAAUACUCUUAAUCACAUCAUAUUUUUUAAACAAUAUUUCUAACAGUAAUUUCACAGAGCUUCUUGAAAGCUAAUGAACGUUAUUUGCUCAUUACAGAAAUUUUUGAUAUACUCUGUAAAUUUCUUCUAGUCCUCGGAGAAUCUCUGGUCACGUUGGUUCCUAAUUCUCCCCGUCAAUCUGUCCAUUUCUGCAUAUUCCAUAUCAGGAUGAUAUGUUUCUGGAUAAUAUGUUUGUUUUAAUUUUGAAUAAAAAAAAGUUUUUAAAAAACUGCAAAAAAAGAAAAAGAAAAAAGGAAAGGAAAGAAAAAUGGUCUUUAAUUUUUUAAAAAAUAAACACUAAGCUGUCACAAUUGUCAAUAAGGAAAGCAAGAGGAUACAGCUGUGUGAUUUACUGAAUCAAUAAUGAAACAUGCCUGGAGGAAAAUGAUGUAUAGUUGAUACCAUUCUAUGACUCCAAUUACAAAAGGUUCCAUGGUCUAAAUUAAAAGAAUUUCAAGUGUUUAUUAAAGAGAUUUUUAAAAAUAACCUUGGAUUGUACUCUGGAGCCAGAAACUUUGGUCCCUGGACACUCUUUGCUUAUUGAUAUGCAUGUAUGUUUUUAUCUACAGCUCUGUUAAGAAUACAGUCGUACCUUGGUUUUCAAACAGCUUAGUUCUCGAACAUUUUGGCUCCUGAACACUGCAAACCCGGAAGUGACUGUUCCGGUUUGCGAACCAUUUUUGGAAUCCGAACGUCCGGCGCUGCUUCCAUGGCUUCCGAUUGGCUGCAGGUAGCUUCCUGCAGCCAAUCAGAAGCCACGCUUUGGUUUCUGAACGUUUUGGAAGUCGAGCGGACUUCUGGAAUGGAUUCCAUUCAACUUCCAAGGUACGACCGUACUGUAUAUAUACUUAAUGAGCGUGCUUCCUCUUAAAUACUGGGUAUUUCUCUUUUUUGCAUUUCCUGUGCUACACUGGGAUAGAUGGCCCCCAAUGGUCUGAAUUGGCACAAGGCAAUUUUAUAACCUUAUAUUGGUUGACCUUUUGAAAUUGUGAUAGGGCGCCAGGAAGCAGGUGUAGGGUAGUGGCUCUGGUCUAAAAUCUCUCUUACCUCUCUCCCUCUCCUGCUACUACUUCUUUAAUCAAGCAAACAGACCUGUUACCCCUGGCUGGAGAGCGACACACCUGUGGCUUCAAAUAUGGUGCAGUUAUACGCACACAGCAUAGGAGUUUUGCACGAAAACUUUAAAGGUAGGUGAAAGUCCAUCCUGGCAGCCAUUAAAUAUAUCCUUUAAUAUUCAUGCCCGCCAUGAAUGUCUCCCUUCCUUAGCCUUUUACUGAAUUGCACAUUAUUUGUGUGUGGUUUUCGUUCCCACUUGUGCUAUCCAUGCUGCCAGGACGGUGUUCAUCCACCCAAUUUCUCCCAACAGGCGAGGCUUAUUUAUUAUUAUUAUUAUUAUGAAGAAGAAACUUAUUAGUUGCUUGCCAUCUGAAGGUCUCCAAACAACAUAACAGCAAUACACACAACACAUAAGAGAAGGCAAAAUAAAGUAGGGAUCAUCCAUCUUUUUCUUUUUUUUAAAAAAAAGUAAUUAUUAAUACUUUUCAGAUUUAUACAUUUCACUGAUUUUACAAUCAUUUUGACAUUUUGAAACUUGACUUCCUUCCCCCACUUUCUGAGGUUCCUUAAAUUUAUUUUUAAUAUUUUCUGCAUAUCCGAAAUAGCUGAACUUGUUCAUUUAUUAAUCUUCUUUAAAUAUAAACUCUUAUGAAACUGCAGGCUAUUACAGUAACCCUGCCAGUGCUUUUAUCUGUUUACAAUUUAUCUGUAAACAUUCAAUAAACCAUUUCCGUUCUUUUAUAAAAAGUUUGUUAUCUUGAUUUCUUAUUCUUCCGGUAAGUUUUGCCAUUUCUGCAUAUUCCAUAAGUUUCUGUACCCAUUCUUCCUUUGCUGGGACUUCUUCUCCUUUCCAUUUUUGGGUGAGUCACAUUCUAGCCUCUGUAGCAGCAUACAUGAAUAAUUUUCUAUACGUUUUAGGUAGUCCUGUCCCUAUAAUUCCCAAGAGAAAAGCUGCUGGGGUUUUUUAAAUGAACACUACUUUAAACAUUCUUUUCAUUUCAUUAUAUAUCAUUUCCCAGUAAGCCUUAACCUUACUAUAAGACCACUUCAUAUGAUAAAAGAACAACAACGAGAAGGCUGUUAGAAUUCCUGCUCCGUGAUUGCAGUCAUGGGAUUGUUGUCUUUCACAUGACGGUGUAUGUUUUGACUCCACAGAGUGGGAAGUGACGGAGACAGGAUGUUUGUGUUACUGUUUUCUGUGAAGUGGGACUAUUGUCCUUUGUCCUUUCUCUUUGCUGUCUGAUGCUAGAGAGAGAGGGAGCCAUGUUGCAGUGCUCCGUGUGUGUUUAUAUGUAAAUAAAGUAGAUUAGCCAAAAUGCUGAGUUGCUGAGGUCUGUCAUGCAAACUGCGAAGACUCAGCAGAUCCCUAAGUGUGCCAAUGUCUGUUGGCAUCGGUCACUGUGUUGUUCGGGCAGAAGAAAGCUUUUGAAGCUCCCGAAUGAUCGACCAGGAGGGAGAGAACAUGCCAGUCGGGCAUGUGUCUCUGCCAGGGUCCUACUCGAGUGUAGGCUGAGCUCCUGACAAAGGCUACCUCAUCUGAUUCUAUGGGACAUCUUGUGGGCUUUCUAUAGGCAAGUGGUUGGCAGGAACCUGGGCUAAAUUUGCCAUUUCCAUUUUCCAGAUAAACUGCUGCCAAGCCACCACGGGCCACUUUGGCUCCACCUGAUGCACUAUUGUGAGACGUGCACGGCCCCCAAAAUGCCGGAGCACAUUCUCUACACGUUCCACGCCAAGUUUGGCCGCCUUCCCUGGAGGGAAAUGCAUCCGGACCGGCAACUCAUGGAAGAAUUCUUUAAAGUAAGAGGCAGGUGCUUUGGGUAGAGAACCAUAGCGAGGGAGGGGGAACGGGGAAGGAAGUUUGGAAGGGGCUCCCUGUCCUCUUCAGGUGAUGCAAUUCAGGUUAUGCAACAGAGCUCCGAACCUGUGAUGGCAAAUGUGUGGUCCUGCCAGUGGGUCAAGAAGUGGGAAAGUCUGGUGAGCUUAAUGAGGGUCUGUGAGCCAGAACCUCCCCACCCUAGUUACUAUUGGCUCCCAGUACGUUUCCGGGCACAAUUCAAAGUGUUGGUGCUGGCCUUUAAAGCCCUAAACGGCCUUGUCCCAGUAGACCUGAAGGAGCGUCUCCACCCCCAUCGUUCAACCCAGACACUGAGGUCCAGCUCUGAGGGCCUUCUGGUGGUUCCCUCCCUGCAGUGCUCUUCAAAAUGUGUUCAAGGAAAUUGUGGGUUCCUCAAAUGCCUGAUAGGGGUUUGCCCAUGAGCAGAACAGCAAGGUUCCUUGUAAGACAGCUGUCCUGCCGCUGCCACUGCGUGUCCGCAGGGUGAGCGCUCCUGGGAGGCAAUCCCAAAUUUUGCCAGCACCCUCCCUGAACUGUACACCUGGAGAAGAGGGGUGAGGAACCAAAUUCUGUCCUUCUGGCCUCUCCAGCACCAAGGGCCUUCUGGCAGUUCCCUCCCUGUGAGAAGUGAGGUUACAGGGAAUUAGGCAGAGGGCCUUCUCAGUGGUGGCACCUGCCCUGUGAAACGCCCUCCCAUCAGAUGUCAAUGAAAUAAACAACCAUCUGACUUUUAGAAGACAUCUGAAGGCAGCCCUGUUUAGGGAAGUUUUUAAUGUUUGAUGUUUUAUCUUGUUUUUAAUAUCCUGCUGGAAGCUGCCCAGGGUGGCUGGGGAAAUUUAAAUAAUAAAUUGUUGUUGUUCUUUAAAUAAUAAAUUGUUGUUGUUCUUUCCUUUUCACUUUUCCAGGUUGAGAGAGGCAGUCCCAAAAGCUGCUUCCUCUUCCUGGGCUCGGUUCUAUGCGAGAUCAACUGGGUCAGCGUCCUCUCUGACGCCUGGAAUCCCAACCCGCCUCCGGGAACACAGGACAUGAUUGUGUGCCUGCUUUAUAUGGUGGUCCUUCUGGCAAAGGAAGAGCAACUUAUAACCAGGGAGGUAUGUCCCAGGACUAAGCAGCUCCCCCACCCCGCCCAACGGUUGUCCGCUAGACCCUCCCCGCUGAAUUGAGCUUCUCAGACGUUUUCCUGUGUCAACCAAAGUUGGUACUGAUUUCUGCUCCACAAAUGGUUGCGUGGAAAAAUUCCAUAUCCCGCAGCAGCAGGAAGAUGCUACUCUCCAGGUCUCUUUCCACAGGACUCUCCUUGGGCCAUGGCAGCUCACCGGCCCUGCUCUGCACAUUGCAGAAUUGCUUUUGCCCGGCUGGAAUAUGUCCUUGAAAGGGAAUGUUCGUGGGCCCAAAUCUCUCUUGAAUGCUUUUUUUUGGGGGCGGGGGGGUUUCAAAACUGCAAUAAUCUGAUUUUAUUUCCCUUCUCUUUCCCUCCCCCUCCCCUUUUAUGAAGAUCACCUGCUCUGAGACCCCACAGCUAAUUCUCCCCUGGCCUCCUCGUUGGCCCAAGUAGGACCAAUUUCAGCCAGCUAGCCCUGGGGAUUAUCUAAUUGAUUUUUGAAUUUUAUUGUUAUUCAUGUUUUUAUAUUGUAUUUUAUGAUGCUUUUAUAAUUAAGUGUUUUAAAGUGUUUUGAAUUUGUUGUUAGCCGCCCUGAGCCCGGUUUUUGAACCGGGAAGGGCGGGGUAUAAAUAAAAAUUUAUUAUUAUUAUUAUUAAUAAUAAUAAUAAGCAGAGGCACAGCUGUAAUGUAUGCCACAGGUCAGGUAAAAGCACAAACGAGGUUGAGAGGAUGCCAGUGUGGCUGAAAAGGAAAGUCAAGGAGGCUAUUAGGGGCAAAGAAGACUUCCUUUUUCAUAUAUGGGGUUGUGGUGUUCUGUUCUAUACCCAUUGAAGUUAAUCCCCACGUCAACCUUAGGCCCACUGAUUUCAGGAGGUCUGCUCUGAGUAAAGGUUAAAGGUAAAGGUAAAGGGACCUCUGAUCAUUAGGUCCAGUUGUGACUGACUCUGGGGUUGCGGCACUCAUCUCACUUUAUUGACCAAGGGAGCUGGCGUACAGCUUCCGGGUCAUGUGGUCAACAUGACUAAGCCGCUUCUGGCAAAACAGAGCAGCGCACGGAAACGCCGUUUACCUUCCCGCCGGAGUGGUACCAAUUUAUCUACUUGCACCGGCAUGCUUUCAAACUGCUAGGUUGGCAGGAGCAGGGACCGAGCAACGGGAGCUCACCCUGUCGCGGGGAUUCGAACCACCGACCUUCUGAUCGGCAAGCCCUAGGCUCUGUGGUUUAACCCACAGCGCCACCCACGUCCCGAGUAAAGAGUAGCUGAAGUGUGGUGCUUUGGUUGACUGAACCAUGAACGAGAUCUCCAUUUCCCCCCCAAACGUCAGGAGUCUCCGCUGCUGAACCUCCUCGGCCAGACCAGCUCCCUCCCUUGGCAGCACGUCAGCGUUUUGUCCUAUCAGAGCAUCAUCGGCUACUUCAACACCCACUAUCCUCCAUCUAUCAUCCUGGCCAAGGAGCCGGCAGCUGAGCUGAUCAUCAAGCUGCUCAAGGCGUCGGCGGGCUUCGGCGCCUCCUCCGACAGCCACAUGCAUCUGGUAAGGACAGCCCUGCGUGGGUGGGGACAGCGGCAGAAUUUGGGGUCUCAAAAUCAGCAGGGCCCUGUGUGAGGCUGAAAUUUGGCUCCCCUCACUGCCUCUCGCCGUCCAUUCUACCUCGUAGCUGCGGCUUCCCCAAGGCUCUGCAACCAAACCGGCCCUGAUCCCCUAAAUCUGCUCCUGGUGGGGAGGAGAGAGACGCUCCACCUUGUGGGUUCUGUGCUACGAGAUCGCCUCAUCCCAUAGGCGCCCACUUGCCAGCUGAAAUCGGCUAAAUUAGCACCUACAGGUGCCACAAAAUGCCAUUUUGCAUUUGUAAGGGCUCAACCUUUUAGUUGUUGUUGUUGUUUAGUCGUGUCCGACUCUUCGUGACCCCAUGGACCAGAGCAUGCCAGGCACUCCUGUCUUCCUCUGCCUCCCGCAGCUUGGUCAAACUCAUGCUGGUAGCUUCGAGAACACUGUCCAACCAUCUCGUCCUCUGUCAUCCCCUUCUCCUUGUGCCCUCCAUCUUUCCCAACAUCAGGGUCUUUUCCAGGGAAUCUUCUCUUCUCAUGAGGUGGCCAAAGUAUUGGAGCCUCAGCUUCAGGAUCUGUCCUUCCAGUGAGCACUCAGGGCUGAUUUCCUUCAGAAUGGAUAGGUUUGAUCUUCUUGCAGUCCAUGGGACUCUCAAGAGUCUCCUCCAGCACCAUAAUUCAAAAGCACCAAUUCUUUGACGACCAGCCUUCUUUAUGGUCCAGCUCUCACUUCCAUACACCACUAUUGGGAAAACCAUAGCUUUAAUUAUACGGACCUUUGUUGGCAAGGUGAUGUCUCUGCUUUAAUGCCAUUCUGCAUUUGUAAGGGCUCAAUCUUUUAGUGGCAAUGACUAAACUUUCAAACUCCUGGACUACUAACAUCAAGCAGGCACCGUCACAUUUCGGCGUCUGCUAGAAACAUUUUUUUUUAACUUUAAUAAUGUAUUUAUUUAUUUAUUUAUUUAUUUAACAUAAUUAUUACAAAAUGUAAGCUAAUAUAGCAAAUACAUCCAUACAUCUAUAUAUAUUUCAGAUAAGCACACAUAUAAAAAAGAAGAAAAGAAAAAAGAAGGAGAAAUAGAGAGAAAAAAGAAGAAAAGUUGGAAGAAUUUCUUCCAAAUUUAUUCUACAAAUAUCUCAAUAUGAAAAUAUUAAUAAAAUUUCAUUGUUUGACUUCCAUUGCUUAAACUGCACUUCCUAUAUACAUUUUAAGCAAAAUAAAAAAUAAGAAGAGAAACAUUUUUGUUUAGGCACGGCUACCCAGGGAUGGUGCAAGUUUUAAUCUGGGUUUUAAAAUAAAUAAAUCUGUAGCCUUACCUUGGUUUUCAAACAGAAUGCGUUCCGGUAGUCCAUUUGACUCCUGGAACCAUUCGAAAACUAAGGCACAGCUUCCAAUUGGCUGCAGGAUGUUCUUGCAGCCAAUCGGAAGCUGCACCGGACGUUUGGCUUCCAAAAAUCAUUCGGAAACCGGAACACUCACUUCUGGGUUUCGAUCGUUUGGGAGCCACUUUGUUCAGGAGCCAAGGCGUUCGAGAACCGAGGCACAACUGUUUUGUUAAUCUAACUUAUAGAAAGUCUUAAGUUGUUGCUGUUAGUUGUUCUUAUUAGUAUUUUUACCUUUUUUUGGAAACCGCUUUGAAGCUUUAAUAUACAGUGGUACCUCGGGUUACAUACACUUCAGGUUACAUACGCUUCAGGUUACAGACUCCGCUAACCCAGAAAUAGUGCUUCAGCUUAAGAAUUUGCUUCAUGAUGAGAACAGAAAUCGUGCUCUGGCGGUGCAGCGGCAGCGGGAGGCCCCAUUAGCGAAAGUGGUGCUUCAGGUUAAGAACAGUUUCGGGUUAAGAAUGGACCUCCGGAACGAAUUAAGUACAUAACCAGAGGUACCACUGUAUGCGCUUAGAAUUAAGCGAUGUAUGGAUUUUACUAAACAAAUUUAGAGCAGCUCCUGUGAAAAACAGGGAGGUGAUGAGCUAACCUUUUCCCCCUUGGCUUUUCCUAGGAUGCAACCCUCAAGUGCAGGGCUUACAUUCGCCAGGUCGUCCAUUUCCUCAGCAUCCUGGAGCAAAAUGGGAAGAUAACCCUGCCUUCUCUGGAGCAAGAGAUGUCAAAGCUGUUGGAUGAUAUUACCAUCUUUAACCCUCCAGGUUGGUGUGUUUGUGUGUGUGUGUGUGUGUGUGUGUGUGUGUGUGUGUAGCUUGUGGAGUUGCAGAGAGAAGGGUGGUGUUCUAUAUGUCGCUUGAAAUUUAAGAAUAGAUUUAUGAAAGAUUUAGAAAACUUAUUGCUUAGAAUAUUUGUAUGAGAUUGUAUGGGGAAAAUGUGGAAUAACAGAUACAAUCUUGCUUUAAAUGUAUAUAGGAAGUGCAGUGUAAGCGAUGGACGUCAAUCAGUGAAAUUUUAGUAUUGAGAUAUUUGUAGAAUAAAUUUGGAAGAAAUUCUUCCAACUUUUCUUCUUCUUCUUCUUUUUCUCCUUAUUUUUUCUUUCUUUUCUUCCUUUCUUCUUUUUUGUUCUUUUUUUAUAUGUGUGUGCUUAUUUGAAAUAUGUAUGUAUGUAUGUAUGUAUGUAUGUAUGUAUUUGCAAUAUUUUGCUUAUAUUUUGUAAUAAUUAUGUUAAAUAAAAUUAUAUUUAAAAAAAAGAAAUUUAAGAACAGGACACUGGACUAGAUGGGUUGCUGGCCUGAUCCAGCAUGCCCUUCUUAUAAUCUCAGGAUCUUUGGUCCAAUCCUGCUGACCCCUUUUUAUGUCCUUUGGGCUGUAACUGCGUGGCUGAUCACCCGUUUCAUGUGGAGCACAUCUCUGUUGCCUUUCAGGGCAAAGCCUGGCGACUUACGGAAGAUAAUUGAAACCGUCAGACUGUUUUCAAAAUAAAAAACAAACCAAUCCAAUUAGGAAAACUUCAAAACAAAGCAGCAGCGGGUUUUAAAAACCCAGUUCACUGCACUCUUAAUAGAGCACAGCUUGUCUCAGGUAACAGCCAUCAGUGCCGGAGGGAGAGAGCAAGAUCCAGAGGGAUUCCAGAGAGCGUCCCGGGAUUGGGAGAGGCAGCCCAUCUUCUGGGGAAGAGAAUCAGCGUAGCACCAGUGGAGAAGGGGGGCAGAUGGGGGAAGCGGUGAGGCGGUCCCAUGACUCCUUGCCGGGGACCAGCAGGGAGAGUAGGGGUCCUCCGCUGCCUACGCCCUCCUUGCGCAGAAGGCUUCCGCGCAGAGAGAGUAGGAGGAGACUAGGCGUCAAAGAGCUUCUUUGCUGGAAGAAGUUUAAGCAACGCCCACUGACGGAUUCUGCCAGCGAUUGAGACAGCCACGGGCGAGCGGCUGUCCGGACAGAAAAGGUUCACUCAGGCAACCCAGCCAGGUGUUUGCACCGGCUUACGCACGAGCAACCCCUAGAACCACUACAGCUUGGAACAAAUAGCUUUUAAAAACAAACCUUUAAAACGGUUGAAUUGCCUUUUUAGGGGGGCUGAGGGCCACAUUAACUCUUGGACAGCCCUCUGGGGGCCAAAGUGCAAAGUGGGCUUGGCAAGAAUGACAUAUUUCAAGGCUGCCUCACAAAACACUUUCCCAUCAGCUACAGCAUUUAAAACCAUUUUUCUUAUUCAGUGAAGUAAAAAAGGACACAUUUGGGGCAGCUUCAGACCUUAAAUAGUCUCCUGCUGCGAGGUAUCAGUACAAAGUUUCCAAGGCCACAUUUUCAUGGUCCUGUGGCCCCAUUUUUGGGGACACGGUAUUGCAGAGAGGAACCUAUGGUGUGUCAUUUUUAAAAUAAAAAAUAAACAUUUUAAUGGAUUUUGGGGGGGUAGGUUUAGGGGAGGUACGCAAAUCUUUUGGGAAGGGCUGUAUAUGGCAGGUUAAAGGGACUCCUGACCAUUAGGUCCAGUCGUGGUCGACUCUGGGGUUGCAGCGCUCAUCUCGCUUUAUUGGCUGAGGGAGCCGGCGUACAGCUUCCGGGUCAUGUGGCUAGCAUGACUAAGCCGCUUCUGGCGAACCAGAGCAGCGCAUGGAAACACCACUUACCUUCCUGCCGGAGCAGUACCUAUUUAUCUACUUGCACUUUGAUAUGCUUUUGAACUGCUAGGUUGGCAGGAGCAGGGACCGAGCCAACGGGAGCUCACCCCGUCGCAGGGAUUUGAACCGCUGACCUUCUGAUCGGCAAGUCCUAGGCUCUGUGGUUUAACCCACAGUGCCACCCGUGUCCCAUAUGGUAGGUUAGCCUCCCCUAUUUUAAGAUUUAACAGAAGUGAGGCCAGGCAGACAUUUUGGAGGAACUUCUAGAGAAAUAAGGCUGCUACAGAAAAGGCCUCGCACCCCAACUUUAAGGGUCUCCGGUGGCAAAACUGGUACAUACAUGGAGUCCUGCUGCCUCCCGUUAUUGGUAGUACAGUGGUACCUUGGUUCUUGAACGUAAUCCGUUCCGCAAGUCUGUUUGACUUCCAAAAUGUUCAAAAACCAAGGCACGGCUUCCGAUUGGUGCAGGCGACCCAGAAACAAUAGCUGACAGCAGCAUCAGACGUUCUGCUUCCGAAAAAUGUUCAAUAAUUAUAAUAAUAAUAAUUUAUUAUUUGUACCCAGUCCAUCUGGCUGGGCUUCCCCAGCCACUCUGGGCGGCUUCCAACUAAGAUUAAAAAUACAUCAAAAACAGAAACACUUACUUCUGGGUUUUUAGUUUUUGGGAGCCAAAAUGUUUGAGUACCAAGGCAUUUGAGAAGCAAGGUUCCACUGUACUGAGCAAGAUGGCAUCUUCAGAAGUUGAUGGGGGGUGUUGAACUAGAAAUUCAAAUAAUUUCUGCUCGUUUUGCAGUACUGGGGUUCAGCGGAGCUGUUUUUCACCAGUGCUGUCAGAGCGCUAGAUCUCAUGAAUCUCCGUUUGUGGAGUAGACGGGAACAAUACUAAAGAAUAUAAAACUGUGUGGAAAAAAUGACGACAGUAUAAACAGUACAAUGAGAAUGAUUGAAAGACUCGUUUUGUCAGAAGUCUUCUUUAUUUAAGUGUUUAUUUAAGUAUUAAUUAGGAAGAUUAAGUAUUUUUAUGUAAGCAAAUCUGCUUUUUCUUUUUUCUUUUCUUCUGUAAUCUCUUCUUUUCUUCUUAAUUGUUUUUUCUUUAAUUUUCUUUUUGUAGUAUGAGAUUGUAAAUUCUUUGUACAGUGGUACCUCAGGUUACAUACGCUUCAGGUUAGAGACUCCGCUACCCCAAAAAUAUUACCGGGUUAAGAACUUUGCUUCAGGAUGAGAACAGAAAUCGUGCUCCGGCGGCACGGCGACAGUGGGAGGCCCCAAUAGCUAAAGUGGUGCUUCAGGUUAAGAACAGUUUCAGGUUAAGAACGGACCUCCAGAACGAAUUAAGUACUUAACCCGAGGUACCACUGUAUAUGUGUGUAAUUUAAAUUAAUAAAUAUUUUUUUUAAAAAAAAUAUCUCAUGAAUCUCAGCCCAGUGCUUUAUGCAGAAAAGCCACCCUUCCUCUUUCCUUCCUGUGAUUUCAAAUCUUUUGCUUGAUUUUUUUUAAAAUUAAAAUAAAUACAAACUGUUUUGCUUGCUGCCUUUGCAGACACGGACAUGCACUCUCGCCACUUGGCCUUAAGCAGCCUUUUCACAGAAGCCCUGACGAUGAUGAAUAACGCCAGCGUUGCCACGGCAGAGUCUCUGCGCGUCAGUCUGCGAGGCUGGAUCGACGGUGCCGUGCAUGGCUUAGGGGUGAUGCCUCUCUUAACAGCUGCGUGCCAGAGUCUGGCAUCGGUCCGGCACAUGGCCGAGACCACGGAAGCCUGCGUCACGGCCUAUUUUAACGAAGGUGAGAAAGAGGAACAUAGCUGUCAACCGUCCCUUAUUUGGCGGGAAUUCCCUUAUCCCAGCGCCGUGUCCCGCUGCUGUUCCUUAUUGAUGAUGUCCCUUAAAUUUCCCGGGUUUCAAAGGAUGCAGCUCCUCUCCCUCCCUCCCUGCCAACCAGGGAGGAGGGAGGCUCCAUCUGUGUUGCUUGGCUGCGUUGCUCACCCAAUAAGGAGUCUAAGAACGACUGGGGGGUGGAGCUUGCAUGCAUUGUGCUGAUCAAAUCGGCCGCGUUGCCUGGGGACUCGCCUUUGCUCAGCGCUUCCCAGCAGAGAGGUGACAGUGGUUUCCCUUGCUGCAUCCCCUUUGCUGGGUUGCUGUGCGGUGGGAACCACCGCUUGAGGGUUCGUUUGGCUGCUGGCUGGGCUUUCUGCCUUUGGCUUGGAGGGGCUCAGAAGUUGAACAUACCUGUGCUUGGAAAAUCCCUUACUUUGGCUGCUGAUCCCUUAUUUUCGAGGCUGCUGGUCCGUUAUUUUCAAAUCUGUAACUUGACAGCUAUGGAGAGGAAGGCUUUUGACUAUCCUUCCUUGUGACUCACUGUCGACUCAGGGUGGCCCUGCCUGUCUGUCAAGGGAUGGCGGUUUGCACCCAGUGAAGCUGUCCUGUUAGCGCAGUGGUUCUCAACCUGUGGGUCCCCAGAUGUUGUUGGACUACAACUCCCAUCAUCCCUGAGCUCUGGCCUUGGUAGCUAGGGGUGAUGGGAGUUGUAGUUCAACAACAUCUGGGGACCCACAGGUUGAGAAGGGCUGUGUUAGUGCAAGGACUUCUGCCUUUGUGACGAUACCUCACAGAAUCAUAGAAUUGAAGUGUUGGAAAGGACCUGGAUGUUGUUGUAAGUGUACAGGUUUCAGCAUCCCAAGAACCUAAGUAUUUAAACAAAAAGCCAAGCUUCUAGUUCUUAUGUUACCAAGAUUGUAGCUGGCGCCCAUCUGUCUCAGGAGACAAUAGAAGAGUAUGCCUUUGUGGGUUGAGGUCAAACUGUUGGAAGGUUACAAGGCCUGCCGUGGCUGUAGAGACCAAUAUGGGAGAGACAUGUUUUGUUGCAGCUGGGGCAGAUGGAGGAGUCCAGUUGUGCUGCUGCAGAUGCCCCAUGGCGUUUCUUCUCUCUGCGCUCUCUGUUCGGUGCUUGCAGGCUUUUCCCUGAGGAGGGAGAAGGGCAGCCCAUCCUUUAAAGGGAGUGCGGCUCUUGGGGGCUUUUCCGCGAGGUGGGGGAAGAGACUGAGGGGCUGCCCUUUGUCCCUUCCCCCACCUUCCACAAAAGCCGCGCUCUCUUUUCUCCCUCCUCGGGGAAAAGCCUGCAAGCGUCGCGCAUGCGCUCCAUGCGGCUUGUGAAAGGGAGCGCUGAGCAGAGCCUGGGAUGCAUACAGGCCUUGCUCAGUGCUCCCUUUAAAGAAUAUUUUUUCCCUGGCAUUCCCCCUCUAAAAACUAGGUGUGUCUUAUGGAGUGAAAAAUACGGUAAAUAUGCAGGGGAAAAGUGAAUAAUUUAGUCUGAUUCUGCCUACCAUGGGGGAGGAGCAAAUAAUUGUGUGAAGCACUGAGGAUUCAUCCCCUGGGUAGUGAAAUAUCCCCUCAGCUGCCUGCUUCACAUCCAUAUUUUUCAAGUUUAUCUACAUAAGGAGCGCAGAGAGAAGAAAUGCCGUGGUGCACGUUCAGAAGCACAACCAGACUCCUCCAGCUGCCCCAGCUGCAACAAAAACAUGUCUCUCCCAUAUGCAUUCGCUCCAUAAGACGCAAAAACAUUUCCCCUUACUUUUUAGGAGGGAAAAGGUGCGUCUUAUGGAGCGAAAAAUACGGUAAAAUUGUACUGUUUUUAGAGAGACGGUUUAUUCGGGGUGCGGAUUUGACCCUUUUGGGGUGCCAUUUGGCCCCGUUCAUACUAUAUUUUGUGCUCCUUUUGCCUCUAUGGGUUUUCAUGGAUAUUUACAGAUUUAAAGGAACUGCUUUGGAAUUAAAGGAACAUCUCUGAGCUCUGGCUCAUUUGGGUCUUCUGACCACUAACAGUGCUUCCUCUCCUUCUCUCUCCUCCCACCCACAACUCCCUCUUUGUACAAAGAUUCUCCACUCAGCCAGGAUUUGGGCUGGGGGCCGAUCGUGGCCUCCCUACAGGUCCCUGAACUCACGGCCGAAGACUUCCUGCAGGAGUGCCUUUCACUGGGCGGCUACCUAACUCUUUACGUCUACGCUCUGCAGCUGUUGAACGUCAAGCAGACGCUGGACAAUGAAAUGAAAGUGGUGCUGACGUUGAGCAAGUGGCUGGAACAGGUGUUCCCCAGGUACAGAGAUCUUGUGGUCGGGAGGGAGAUGAGGACAGAUGUUUGGAGCAGGACAUUUCACCUUGGCUACCGAUUGCCAGGCAAAUCCUUCUCUUUGGGCCUUCCAAAAUGCUCACUGAUAGUCAACGUUCCACGGGGCGGGCGCCACCACCAAGAAGGCCCUCUGCCUGGUUCUCUGUAACCUCACUUCUUGCAGUAGGGGAACCGCCAGAAGGCCUUCGGAGCUGGACCGCAGUGUCCGCACUGAGCGAUGGGGGUGGAAAUGCUCCUUCAGGUAUGCAGGACCAAAACCGUUUAGCUGUUUGUCCCUUCUUUGAGGCGGAUUUAAGGACCCUCUCCAAAACGGGCAUGUCUCUCCCACUUCCACCCUGGUUAUCUCUCUGAAAUGGGGAUAAUCUUUCCUUACGAUACAGUACAAUAAUCUUUAUUGUCAUUGUCCCAUACAGAACAACGAAAUUGAAAAAAAUCUACAUCAGACAUUCAAAAACCAACAAGCCUGCUAUCCCAGCUAUCCCAGCGUGGUUAGCCCCCUAAAAACUCUGAUACUCCAUAAUUAAAUACAAUAUACUCCCAUAGAGACUACCUUUCACUGCAUUUAAAACCAAAAUCACAUUUGGAUAGAAACUGUUUCUCAGGCGGCUAGUCCUAGUCUUUAUAAACCUGUACCUUCUUCCAGAGGGACGCGGGUGGCGCUGUGGUCUAAACCACAGAGCCUAGGACUUGCCGAUCAGACGGUUGGAGGUUCGAAUCCCCGCGACGGGGUGAGCUCCCGUUGCUCGGUCCCUGCUCCUGCCAACCUAGCAGUUCGAAAGCGCGUCAAAGUGCAAGUAGAUAAAUAGGUACUGCUCCGGUGGGAAGGUAAACGGCGUUUCUGUGCGCUGCUCUGGUUUCACCAGAAGCGGCUUAGUCAUGCUGGCCACAUGACCCAGAAGCUGUACGCCAGCUCCCUCGGCCAGUAAAGCGAGAUGAGCGCCGCAACCCCAGAGUCAGUCACGACUGGACCUAAUGGUCAGGGGUCCCUUUACCCUUUUACCUUCUUCCAGAAGGCAGAAGCUGAAAGAGAUCAUUUCUGGGGUGCGCACUAUCCUGCGCUAUCUCUGCAGCUUUCUUAUGACACCUGAAUGAAACCGGAAUGGGGGGAGUGUUUUAAGAGCUUAAAUAGCAAGUUCUUAACCGCACAAGCUUUAAAUCCCCAGAGGGUGACCGGGGACGGACAAAGGAUGGACAAGGGAGACUUUUAAUCUUGCCUGUGGUUCCAUCAGAAUUGCUCCAUCAUUCAGCCCAGCUGUGAGUGAGGCCAGCAGUCAUGAGCUGAUGCUUCGCCUUGGAAAGUGUGGCUUUGGCGGAGACGGGGUUAUUUUUGGAAGCCUUUAAAAAAUAGCCAGCAGGGGAAGUUCGCCCUCGUGGCUCAGAUCCGUGCGGUUUCUGUUGGCAAAUUGCAGGGCAGUGAUCAUGUUUAAACUCCUUGUAGCUAGAACAGAGAUGGAUGGAUUCAGGGAACUAUCUGUCCUCACUCCUGGCUACGCAAAAUGUAGUCAGUUGUUUGUGGGGAUGCCUCUUCAUGUUCUUGCAUGCAGAAGAUCCCGGGUUCAGUUCCUGACUUCUCCCAGGUAGAACUGGGAGCCACUAUCACUGCCUGAAACCUGGGAGGACCAUUUAGGUUGAGUCAGCUUCUGCUAUUUAAAUCAGAACACUGAUGACUAGAACCUUGCUUUAUUUUUAGGGAAAGGGCCCAUAGCUCAGUGUCAGAACACAAUUGGAAGGUUUUAGGUUCAAUCCCUGACACCUCCAGGUAGAGAGAGAGACCUCCCAUCUGUCUGCAGAUAUAUGGCAGAUUAAAUUGAUGGAUUAUGCCAAAAUGGUAAAAAAUGACCAGAAGAAUCAGAAAUCAGGAAGACCAAAAUUUUAAUAAGGAAUGGGGGAAAUUUCUCUUUUUUAAAAAUCAUUUUUAUUGAUUUUCCAAUAAAAAACAUCCAAUUAAUAUAUCCAAUCAUAAUACUUCAAUUAAAAUAAAAAACUAAAAUAAAAAGAUCAAAUUAUAGUCCAAAUUGUAUUUAUUAAUUUCUCGGAGUGCCCCACUGUCUGGAUCUCUGAAGCAUAUCUCCACAUCUUAGUCCUGCUUCUCCUCGUUGUUUCCAUAUUUUCCACAACUUUUUUGUUUUGACGCUUCAUAAUUCUUUGUCCCUGGGUCGGUGAUUCUCAUUCAUGCUAAACAUCAUAUACUUUCAUCCACCGAAUACAGCUUUGUUAAUAUAUAUUUUUUCCAACUGUCUUUUUAUCAGCUCAGCUUCCUCUGAUUCCGUUCCAAUCUGGGAUGUUGUCCAAAUCUGUUAUCUUUGAUGGUGCAUUAAUUGUCCAAACCUUCCUUUGAAGCUUUAUUAAACCAGUAGGAAUGGGGGAAAUUUCUAAUUUACCUUAAAAACCAUUGUAAACAGUGAAAAUUGUUAGUAGGAUUGGAACAAUGGUGAAUUUUGGAUAUAAUGGAGAUGUAAAUGCUUGGCAGGAGGAAAUGAUAGGACCCAUAUCCUGGAACAUUGCUGCCUCCAGCUGUAGAGGCUAGUAGCCAUAGCUCUCUCCAACUCCAUGAUUUUCUCUAAUCCUCUUUUAAAGUUAUCCACGUUGGCGGCCAUUGCUGACUCCUGAGUUCCGCAGUGUUAGUUUUAUUGUUUUAAAAUAAAUUUUAUUAGAUUUUCCACAGUGAUAACACAAAUCACAAAGCAAAAUGAUACACAAAAACAGAAAAAGAAAAAGAAAAAAGAAAGAAAAUAAAAAGGGGGGAACAAUAAACAGAUAAACAAUAACAACAAACUUUAAUUCUUCACAAAUCCAACCUUUUAAACAUCUUGGUUGACUUCCUCAAAUCCCUCCCUUCUGAGUUUCCUUGUAAUUAAAAGUAACAGCUUUCCAAUAUCAUUAUUAAACUAAAACAGUUUCCAGUUAUAGUCCACCUUAUUCACUUUUCUUAACAUUCUAAAUCCCAUUUAUUUAAUUAUAACUUAAUUUAAUCCUAGGCCUAUUUGCUUCUUUCAAGUAAUUUCUAAUUUUUUAUAUUACAAUAUUGAUUCAAAUAGUCCUUGAAUUUCCUCCACUCCUCUUGAAACUCCUCUUCUUUCUGGUCGCGGAUUCUUCCAGGCAGGUCAGUUAGCUCCGAAAAGUCCAUCAUCUUCAUCUGCCAAUCUUCCACUGUUGGUAAUUCUUGUGUUUUCCAACUUUUAGCAAAUAAUAUUCGGGCAGCCGUUGUGGGAGUUCCGCAGUUUUAACUAUGUGCUGUGUGAAGGAGAGUCUUUCUUUGGCAUAUACUGUAUUUUUCGCUCUAUAGGGCGCACCGGACCAUAGGACGCACUGGACCAUAGGAGGGGGAGAACAGGGGGAAAAAAACUCCCCCUCUCUGCUCAGCACCCCUUCAGCGAAGUGGCAGGAGAAACGGAGCCCCUUCCAUUUCUCCUCCCGCUUCGCUGAAGGGGCGCUGCGCAGAGAGGGAAAACUGUGCAGCGCCUCUCCAGCGAAGCGAAGCCUGGAGAGCAAGACGGAUCGGUGUGCACCGACCCCUCUCGCUCUCCAGGCUUCAGACGGCUAUCCGCAAGCCUUCGGAGCGCAGUGGGAACUUCUGCUGUACUCCGAAGACUUGUGGAUAGCUGCCUGAAUCUCCCGGAGCGCAGCGGGAGUUCCCUGCGCUCCGGGGGCUUCAGGCGGCUUCAGCGAAAGCAACUCGAAGCCUCCGGAGCGCGGGGGGAGCUCUCCCUCUGCGCUGCGGAGGCUUCGCGUUGCUAUCGCUGAAGCCAAGGAGCCUGCAUUCGCUCCAUAGGAUGCACACACAUUUCCCCUUCAUUUUGGGACGGGAAAAAGUGCGUCCUAUAGAGUGAAAAAUACGGUACUUCUCGCAAGAGGGAUGACAGCUAAUGGGAAGUAACACUGGGGUGACGGGCAGUUUCUAAUGGUGUCUGGUUUUGUCUCUGUCUCUCCCCCCUUCUCUGUUCCCCCCCCGAAUCUUCACGAUUCCCCCCAAAAGCUCCACCAAGGAUGAAGCGAAGCUGUUCCUUUGGUGGCACAAAAUCCUGCAGCUCUGCCUCCUCCAAGUAGACCAGGACGAUGCCAUCCUGAUGGAGUCAGUCGUCCGCAUUCUGAUGUCUCUGCAAGGCAGGCAGAACCUCCUGGCCGAAGAGAGACUCACCUCUGGGAUACUUGGUGCUCUAGGGCUGGGCAGGAAGUCUCCUUUGUCAAACAGGUGAAAAUGGGUUGUUGUUAUGAUGAUUAAGGAAAGGUGGGCCCAAAUAAAAAGAUCGCAGAUAUGUAAGACUGAAUGUUUAAUUAUUAAGAUACAAAAAUAUAAUCUCAAUAAUAAAGUUAUAAAAUAAUAACAAGGAAGUCACGCACGGGUGGAGGGAAGACACAGGGCAAGGAUUAAGAAAUGGAUAAAUGUUGGUACAUAAUGAAAUGUGAAAAAUGUGAAUUUACGAAUAUAAUGCACAGUGGUACCUUGGGUUACAUACGCUUCAGGUUACAUACGCUUCAGGUUACAGACUCUGCUAACCCAGAAAUAGUACCUCGGGUUAAUAACUUUGCUUCAGGAUGAGAACAGAAAUCGGGCUCCAGCAGCGCAGCGGCAGUGGGAGGCCCCAUUAGCUAAAGUGGUGCUUCAGGUUAAGAACAGUUUCAGGUUAAGAACGGACCUCCGGAACGAAUUAAGUUCUUAACCUGAGGUACCACUGUAUAUGUAUCAUUAUGUAAAGAUUUCAUAUAUGUAUUGCAACAUAAACAAAAUAAAAUAAAAUAAAAUAAAAUAAAAUAAACAGAUGGGCUUUUUGGAAGGCAAGCAAGAGCUGCUGCUACAUAUGUUGCAAUGUGAAAGGUUUGCUGCGUGGCUGGAAUCUUGCCCCGUUCCCGGAUACUCCAUUCUAUUCCCACCAACAACAACCAGCGUUCUGCCACCGCGGGGCUUGCCCGAUCCAUGUUGGGUUGUUGAGAGUUUCCUUCCGGUUCUCCGCCCAGUUUUAUUUUCCCUCCCAAAGUCUACUGAUGUCUUCCUCUUGUGUGUGAAGGAGAGGGCAGGGUGUAUUGGCCACAACAAAACCUGCACAAUAAUUAUUAUUGUUAUCGCUAUUAUUCAUUCAUUCAUUCAUUCAUUCCCCGGUAGUUGUGCCCGCCCUGUGGAACGCACCCUCCCAUCAGAUAUCAAGGAAAUAAUCAGCUAUCUUAUUUUUAAAAGACAUCUGAAAGCAGGGACGUUUUUAAUAUUUAAUGCUGUAUUGUUUUUAACGCUCGAUUGGGAGCUGCCCAGAGUGGCUGGGGAAACUCAGCCAGAUGGGCGGGGUAUAAAUAAUAAAUUAUUAUUAUUAGAGGAAGUGCAGAGCAAAAGGUUGACAAAAGGAUGCCAAAGAUUCACCCUUUCCUCUGAAAAGGCCAAUACAGUGGUGCCUCGCAAGACGAAAUUAAUCCGUUCCGCGAGUCUCUUCGUCUUGCGGUUUUUUCGUCUUGGGAAGCACGGCUAUUAGCGGCUUAGCGGCUAUUAACGGCUUAGCGGCUUUAAGAAAAAGGAAACAAACUCGCAAGAACUCGCAAGACGUUUCGUCUUGCGAAGCAAGACCAUAGGGAAAUUCGUCUUGCGGAACGACUCAAAAAACGCAAAACCCUUUCGUCUAGCGAGUUUUUUGUCUUGCGAGGCACUCAUCUUGCGGGGCACCACUGUAUCCGCAUCCUUGGUCUCCUGCCGUCCUCAGAGCAGCUUGCAGGGCUCUGUCUUGCCCUCUCCUCUCUCUUGCCUCCCUUAUCCACACAAUAACCCUUCCAGUAGGUUAGGAUGAGAGAUUGGCAGCGAUCAGCAGAGACGUAAUGCAGGGCAAAAAUAAAGCCGGGCCGGAACUGCGUAUUUUUUACGUGGAACUUGCAGGGAAAGAGCUCUUUGUGUGUGUGUGUGUGUGUGUGUGUGUGUGUGUGUGUUUCUCUGUUUUCAACGGAGAGAGGAGCUCCUUGCCAACUCCCUUCCCUCUUCAUGUUCUCGUUGAAGGUUUCGUGUCGCUGCCCGAAGCAUGUCCGCCUUCCUGCUGGUGCAGAUUCCGGUGGAGAACCAGAUCCGCCUCAGGCCUGGCGUGGAACUGCACCUUUCUGCCAAAGCUCAGCAGGUAGAUUGGAUGCACCCUGAGUGGUUUAAUCUGGUGCCUGUAUCAAGAAUGCUCUUUGUGUCCCUUGGUGGAUGUAAGGUCCUUAAGGUACAUAAAUAGCAACACCCUAGUGGUCCCGGGCCCUAAGGAAGUCAGAUUAGCCUCAACCAGAGCCAGGGCCUUUUCAACACUGGCCCCAGUCUGGUGGAACGCUCUGUCUCAUGAGACCAGGGCCCUGCGGGAUCUGAUUUCUUUCCUCAGGGCCUGUAAGACAGAGUUGUUCCGCCUGGCCUUUGGCUUGGAAUCAAUUUGAUUCCCUCCACCUCUUUCUUUUUUCCUUUCUCCUCCUGUGAUGGAACUCCUAUUUGGGGACUUCCCUGGCUUUUUUCUGGCCCAUGUAGGACCAGUCUGGAUAGUUGGCCUUGGUGAAGACCUGACGUUUACAUCCCCCAAAAAGUUUUUGAUUUGAGUUUCCAUUGAAAUGAGGCUGUAUUUUAAUGUUUUCAUGUUGUAUUUUAAUCUUGUUUUUAAGUUGUAUUUAAAUCAAUUUGCUUUUAUAUCGGGUGUUAGCUGCCCUGAGCCCGGUCUUGGCUGGGGAGGGCGGGGUAUAAAUGAAAUUUAUUAUUAUUAUUAUUAUUAUUAUUAUUAUUAUUAGCUCAUUUCCAUCUUUGCAGGCUCUGA